CUCACUUAACGGUUAUUGAUGCGGGGCAGGUCAGCUGUUAGUUCACAGCUUCAGUUAGCUGAGUGUCAGAGCGUUGCUAUCCAAUGGGGAAGUGUUUUUCUCUCAGCAUUAGGUUUAAAUCGACCCUUCUUUAACUUUCCGACAACACCAAAGCUAAUGUUAGCCCUGGGCUGAAACGUUCGUGUUUAUUCUGCUGGCUAGAAGGGGUGACAGCUUGGAGCAUCCUGUUAGCCUAGUAGCUACAGAAGCUAACCAGAAACAGUGGAAAGGAGUGAGGUGAGCUGUGAUUACCUUCGUUUUUAUUAAUGACACCUGUUUACCUGUCACGUCUAUGAUUGUUUUAUUAACGUAACGACAAAACAAUGUCUUUAUCAUGUUAUAGCCAGUUUCAUUUAACCUUCGUAGUUAGCAAAGAGAUGCCACCACAAAAACAUCAGCACUAAAAAAGAUCAACUUUAUAAAACUUUGACGGCUGUUACAACUGAUGAUAAACUCUGUAAUGUUCAAACUGUUGUUAUAAUCAAAAUGAAACAAGAAGUAUUACUUCAAUGAAGUCUUUUAGCAGCCUACACAGCAGCAUAUGUUGUACUUUAAAAGCCACGUUUGCACUUCAAGUGUAUGUCAGAUUGAAAAGUUAAGGGUUUAAUCCUGGUACUAGGGCUGGGCAAUAUGGGAAAAAGUUAAUCAUGAUAUAUUUCAUAUCAGUCGAUGUCGAUAUUUAUCAUGAUAUAAAAAAUUAAAUUUAACAGUGCUUAUUGGUAGCAUGUCUUUUGCAAUACAAUAAGUUACUGCAUCCGUGAGGUCUUUGUGUCUCUUGGACAUUUUGUCGUAAGGCGUUGCGCUAGAGAAAGCGGAUUGAGUUGUCAACACCCCUUUUUUCCAGGACAAACAUGUGACGUUGACGAGCAAAACAUGAGUCUUAGAUGACUAAAAUGUGACGAGACGAAUGUGUGUUUAUGUUGACGAGACGAGACUUUCAAAAUCGGCUGUCUGUCAUGAUAGCAUGUACUGAGUCGGCGCAAGUACCAGAUAAGCACAUUAAACUAUAAUCCAUAAACGUAAGGUAACAACCGAGACCUAAUGGUGCUGUGACAGCAACGCGAUCGAGUUUGAGACAGUGAAAAUACAGUUGGUAUGUUGUAUCUAAACAGGUUAGCUUACAUGCUAAAGUUGCUUAGCACAGAUGAAAGUUAAAACAAAGACGUUUUGCAAACUGUGAUAGCACACAAACCAUCGUCAUAUAAGAUAUCCGACGCUAUGACUCGCCACAAGUUGUCCUUCAGGUAGUUAUCUUUGUAAUGUUUGUCUUUUAUCAAAAAGCACUCUGUUCUCCGACACGUUAACAAUCAGCCGGUCGGCCAUGUUGGAUAUACCGAUGAAUCAGACGUCGCGACAACACGGAAUCUGAUUGGUCAGAAGUGGACACACAAUAUGUGAAACUUAAGAAAAUUCGACCAUGAUACGAAAAAAUAAAUGCCGCAAGGACGGGAAAACCUUGCUGAUGUGAACGCUUGUAUUGACAGGAUACGGGUUCAAAAAAAUAUUGACGUCCAAAAUAAUCGCACAAAAAAAACGCUCCCGGUGUGAAAGGACCAUUACUCUGCAUUUCUCACCGACAGUGCUGUCGGCUUCACAUGUUAAAGUGCGAUGGUUUUGUGUAGCUGCAGCCUGCUACUAUGCAGUUGUUUGCUGCUUGGUUCUAAGUCAGCACAUGAUUGGUUCAACGCGAAGCGGACCCGGAGCAACUCCCCUUUUCAUUGGCUAUUCGUAUAGUUUAUCAAAACAUGGCAGAAUACUGACUAUCGGAAAGCAUGUUGACCAUGUUAUUGAUAUUGAGGGAAAUUAAUUUUUGAUAUAUAGAGUUAUUGUUUUAUCGCCCAGCCCUACCUGGUACAAAAUGAAAUACACAAUAACUGAGGGAGUCACACAUAUCAUCUGAUUAUUGGUAUCGGUCAGUUUCAGCUCUGUUGACAGAUUUUGCUGUAGCUGAUUUAUGUCUAUGGGGUCACAUCAAGUUGACAUUGAUGGGCUAGUAAGUCUCAUACAAGCUGCAUAAGCCCAAAGGAUGCCAAGAUCAGCUUUUUGGCUCCUGGUCCAACAUUUGAAUAUUAUUUAUCUGCUGAUACUGAUCCUGAGUCGAUGCUUUAAUUUACCCAAACAAUCCAGCACAGACUUAGUAGAUAUCUGUCUGACAUGUGUUUGGUAUUGCCUGAGGUUUCUCCUUGUUAAAUGCAAAGUGUUACACUCAUGUAGAUGAAGACGAGAAUUGUGUGGGUCUGAUCUCAAUCUUCUUAUCCCAUCUUGUUGUUGGUCUUUGUAAAUAUCAUUUAGAGUGUGAUCUAGAACAGCUCUGUUUGUAAAGCCUCUUGAGAUAACAUUUGUUUUGAGUUGGUGCCAUACAAAUAGAGAUUAACUGACUGAUAGGUAAUAGUGUUGGAAACCUCUUCACAGAAGUAACUCGAGUAAACAGUUUCACUGAAAGGUGUCUUUUUAAGUUUAUUUCAUUUAACUUAGUCUAGCUAAACUUGAUGUAAUACCCAAAUAAAGUCAUAAUUCUGCCAUUGUGUCAUGUUUUAAAACUAAAGUUUCAAUGCCUGACACACAUUUGACUGUUAGAAGUCAGCAGGGGGAAAAUUUUUGUCACUAGUCACUUCUGCUGCUACUUCAGCAUGUAGAAGACAAGAAGAGCAAAGACUGCUUUUUUUCACAGGGGGUCAAAAUUGGGGCCAAAAUGGCCAUAAACCAAAAGUUCCACACAGGAGCUUUAAAUCACUGCAUAUUUUGUCAGAAUAUGUACAGCUUUGUUGCACUGCUCUGGUAAGGGGAUGUAACGUAUAAAAAUGAAACACAGAAAUGCUGAAGUUAAAAUAAAACAUUGCAUGAUAAAAAAAGAAAAAAAGAAACCCUAUAAAUUGAACCUAAAUUGCUGGACGAUCAAUGGUGUUGAUGCUAACAGCCUUCCAACUAGUGGGUGACUGAUACUGGUUUUCAACGACUAUUACCGUUGUUUAUAUUUGAAGAGCCGGUCGGCUGGUGGCAAAUUUUUAUGACCUAUAUCAUGUUUUUGUUUUUUACAUUUUAUAAAUUGUAAGAAUUUGCUAUUAAAAGCCAUUCACAUUAAAAUCUAUGAUGUGCUUAUCAAAACCAGAAACGUGUUCCAGAUGAAAAAACAUUGGGCUAAUAUUUCAUAAUAUGAAAUAUUUUAAGCUAGGUACAACAUUAUUCUAUAAAUCAUAACAGAGUAAAGAUCGAACACAUCAGUAAUGAAUGGAUUUGACCUGUUGUCAUUUAACGUUUAAUCAUUUACGGGGAUGUUGGUGCUGCUCAGGGCUGCCUGCCUUCAGUGUUUGUAGACUUGAUAUGUUAAUUUUUAUAACUGGCCUCAUUAGCCCAGGUGCUGCAUAUUUCAAAUCUCCAUUAAUCUGCCUGAUUAAUCAGUCUAGCCCGAAUUGUUCCAUUGCAGUGAUUUUUGGAGUGGCUCGGUGAUUAAGGACUUUUCUUGAGAACUCAUGUUUGUCUUGUAAAUCGUUACAAUUGAAUCUGUACUCCGUUAAAGAGAGUAAAAUCUAGGCUAGGCUUUAACAGUGUGCACUAAUGUUUUUAUAACAUAGAUAAAAUUAACAAUAACAGUCCUUAAAAAUACCAAAAAUACCAAAAUUUCCUUAAAAACAUGGGUUUCAAAGAGGGUAAAAAGGCUGUACAGUUGUUAUUUUAAACAUUUGAAUCACUGUUGGCCCAUAUUUUCUCAAUCGCAGUAUCUUAAUCAUAGUUUUUUUCACAUUACAAACUGUUUUUCAUAUCAAAUUAAAAAGUAAAAAGAGUAAGUAACUUAGAGAAUGAUCUCAGCACUCAUUAUUAUCUGUGGUAAGUCAAGUUUACAGAUGUCAGUGUAAAUCUGUGUUUGUAUUGCUCGACUGAAAUGUUUGAUGAGGGUUUCUACUGUUUACUCUGACUUUAAAAAGGUCUUUUGGUUUCAUAUUUUAACUUGUUUUGUUUACCUAAGCUAAACUGCCUUUUUCUUUGUAAUGCCAACUUGAUAAACUUUAAUCAACCUGAUCAUUGUUUUUCUUUUAGGUGAAGAGACCAGUGUCAUCAACCAUGGCAGGUGGAAUUACAGAGACCGGAGAACCCUACUCCCCAUUUGUGAGUUUCCUGCAGGAUACUUUAGUUAAUUACUGAUCUGUUUUGGUCAUAUUAGGUCAGGCACACUUUAACACGAGCUGUUUUAAAGAAAGUUGAACCAUAAAAACUGUGACUGUUGGCCUGUUAUUCAAAGUUUUGAAAGUAAAGUUCACCUGCUAAUCAUGAAAAUGUGGGAUAAGGAGUUGUAGUAUUCUCUGAAGUUGCUUCAUCGUCAACUGAGUGAAUAGAAACAAACAUUUUUAUUCACAUUUUAAGUGUUUGCAGACUUUUCUUUAGACUGAAUGAGUAAUGUCUCUGUAAGUAGGCAAUGGUUCAUAUGAAAGUGCUGUUAAACAUAAAGAGGAAGCUUAUUUGCUUACACAUCUUCCUCUUUAAGGUGCAGGCCCGGUUUUGACGACUCAUUUAAGCUGCUGAAUCUGCCCACGUCUGCAUGAUUGUACCACAAAGAUGAAGUUCUGCUCGUAGAGUGUUUUCUUCCAGGAAGCUUCGUGUUUUAAAUCAUUAAAGCGUUCUGCUACCUGAUCAGGGGUAACAGCUUCUCAAUUAGCCAAGUCUUUCUUCUUCAGAGCUGGAGUUUUAUCAGGCUGUGUGUGAAAGAAAACCUGAUACUGUGUGGUCUGAAAUUUUCCACCAAAGAAGGAAAACAUUAUGUAACUCAUUAGUAUUUAAUGACACUUGAUCGAUCCCUGUUGAGAGUCUGUGCAGCAGCAAAACUAACAGGAUUCACUUGGAAGCAUCCAGAUAGUAUUCAAGGGAGUUUAAACUCUGUUUUUUCCUAAUAUUAUGGAGUCUAAAUAUUUACAGGUUCAAGAGAUGUUUUCAUUUGCAGGACAAUUUUGUAAUGGCUGCAACUUGUGAAUUAUCCGCUUAAAAUGCUUUUGUUGCCAUGCACUAACAGCUUAGAUAAUUAUUAGUGUAUGAAAAUAUUACAGGAACCAUGCCCACAAAUACAAUCCUAUUUGUUUUUCCAUUGUUAGGGAAAAACAGCUUCAUUGCUCCAUUCAAAGCCUCCAGGCUUCAUGAACAAAAGCAGAGAUUUUUCCACAUAGAAACAUGAUGGUCCAGGUUCAUCACUUCAUAUACUGAUGAGUCCGUUUGGGGUCUUUAUGUAUAGUUUACACCAAUAGUCUUAGCUUUAUCCAAACUAACAUCAAGUGGGGUUGUAGGCUGGUUCUGUAGGGUAUAAACGCUGUCCUUGUAUAGAGACUGGUGACUUGGAGGGAUGCACAGCUGUUUCAAGUUGAUCAUGUUAUAAGAAUAGUGUUUAGUUUUUCUGUAUGGAUUCCUUGCAUAGUGCUCCCAGACACUCAGAAUAAUCAUUUUAACUCAUCAGUGUUGGAAAAGCAGUUUUUAACACUUUGAUGAGGCCAAUACAAAUAUGACAGAAGGAGCCAUCACAGGUUCAAAGAAAGUCUUUGUACAUUUAAGUCCUUCAUGUCCCCAGAAUUUACAAGACUGGCCCAAGUGUAAGGUACAAUAAUUUGGUGUGGUGUUAGCAUUUGCAGUAAAAGAUGUUUUUGGGAUUCAUUUUGAAUUGGAUAAUGUAGACAUGAAAACUGAGAGUUAUACUUUUCAUGCACUUUUUGGUUAAUUUAUCACACUCCUAACCAUCACUAUGAUGUUACUGCAUGUUUUUCUCUUGCCCUAGAUGAGCACUUAAAGUGUACAAAAUGCUGAAAAUAUCAAAACAGAGUCCUCCAUGAAUUCUUCUGCUAAUGUGCCUGAUUAAUCUUCAUGUCAUCUCUUCUAGGUGGGGUUGGUGUAUAUGUUCAACCUCAUCGUGGGCACAGGAGCUCUGACGAUGCCAAAAGCCUUCGCUGCAGCUGGCUGGGCUGUCAGUAUAGCACUCAUCUCCUUUUUAGGAUUUAUGAGGUAAGUCCUGUUCUACCCUGGCCUCAAAUUGUUGCAACACUGCCAGUGUCUGCUUUGUUUUCAUAGUUUAUGUUGUGUCGUUGUAAAUCCACACAGCAUACUGUAUUUGUUUCAACUUUAAAACAAGACACAUGUGUAACUCUUUUGUGAUGUACAGUUAAUCUUGCACAAAGCCAGGUUAAAUAUGUGAUUUUGUUCAUUUUGUAUAGAUGUUGAUUUUUACAUAUAGGUUUUCCUGCUUUACUAUUAAAGCAGAAUCAAACCCUAAAAUUGAGCUGAUAGAUGAUGUGUGUUUCCAUUGUUGUAAUGAUAAAGGCCUGCAUUAAACACAAUAGAAAAGACUGAAUAUGAUGAAGUACAGUGAAUUAGAUUAGAGAAACUUUAAAGAGAGUCUCAGUUGUUACACAAACCCUGAGAAGAUGAAACUGUCCUCCAGGUUUAGAUAGAGCCGUAAUGUGAACAUUUACAUCCAUCCUGACAUUUAUUUACUUGGAAAGCCUCCAUAACUGCCCUGUUGACCUGCAUCCUGGUUUGUUUUGUCAGCUGACAGCCUGGUGGCUGCCUCUUCUGACUCGGAGAUAAAACUUUAUUUGAAUGUUAUAGUAUAAAAAGGACAUUCAGAGAGGCUAGGUCUCUUGGUAGAUGGGAGGAGAUUUACUAUUCUGUCAGAGACUGAGUUCAGCAAUUCAAAAAAUACGCUCUUUAGCACAAAACUGCAAAGAAUUCCCACAUUUCAUCAUUGUCAGAGCAUAAUAUCAUUAAAAGAUUCAGAGAAUCUGGAGAAAUGUCUGUUUGAAAGGAAAAAGGAUAUCGCAUUGGUUUAAAAUCAGGUCUAGAAACCAUUGUCUGUGGUCACAGUUUGUUACUGCAUCCACAGAUGAGUCUUAAGUUUUCAUAAAAUAGUAAAAAAAUCUGUUUUAAUAUUUUUUACGUUGUCUGAGGCUUUAAAUGGUUUGCAUACCAUCAAAUUUAGCAUGUAAUCAACAUUUUGCAUGAUGUCCAAACCCUCACAUAACAAGAGUUGUAAAAUGGAUUUUGAAAUUUGCUGACAACAGCCAGAUAAGCUAACAUUGAGGCUCAUGGUAAAGAAGAAAAGGAGGAAAAGUUGUUAAUGAAAACCUACUGGGGCUAAAAGACUGGAUUCAUAAGACUUUGUUGAUUUAGGAGGGACAAAGAAGAGAGUUAUGGCUUCAUAUGUUGUUUUAGAAUAUCUACAAUAUUUUCUUUAAAAAAAAUUGUAUUGCCUUUGCAGCUUCAAAUACUAGUUUCUUUUAUUCAAUAUAUUCUCAUACUGGGCAGGUAUUGUAUGGAAACAAAGGCUGAUAUUUGAGCAUUUCAGUCAGUUACUCAAUCAGCUGAUGUCUCUGUUGCAUCAUGCUAGGAAGUUCAUUAACCGUGUAUUUAAAUCAUUGAAUCAAGUGUGGGGUUUGGCCCCCUGGUGUGCCUCAAAAGUACUGCCUGUAUGUCUUUUAUGUUUGGAUAUCAUUUACCGUGUGCACGUAUUUUGUAACUCAAAGUGUUGGAGGUUUAAUUUCUUUGCAUUGCCUGGCUUUAGGUCCACUUUCAUCGUGAAUUUUCUGUCACUGAUUUUAAAGUUUAAGUCAAAUUCUUUCUUUUUUGCUCAAAUUUUAUAAAAGACAGUGUGAUAAUAGCCUUUAUUCGGAUCAGAGUGAUUAAUAGCCGCUUAUCAAGUGUUUUUCCUCCCACCAGCUACAUGACCACCACGUUUGUGAUUGAGGCGAUGGCGUCGGCGAAUGCUCAACUUCGCUGGAAGAGGAGAGAACAGGAUGAGGUGAGAUGACGAACUGUGCCGAAGCAGUCGCACUCUAUAUGUAAAUAUCUUUAAUAGGUUGGUUGGACAGAUGGCUUUCUAUUAGCUGUAAGUAUGCAUGUCAGACAAACCAAAUAUUCAAGAAGUAAAAGCUUUUCUCCAUCAGCGGGGGAGUUGGUCCAAUAAGACAUAACGCCAAACACUAUUUACACCCCUGAGGCAUGAAAGUGGAGCUAAUGUUGGAAAAGAUGCAGUACAGGGACGUUUACACUCCAAAGUUUAGACAGCUAAUGAAACUGUGAUUUUUUUGUGAACAGAUGCACAGAGGAAGAAUCUGUCUCUGAAUAAACACCCAGAGCUGUUUCAGUUCAGACUAAAACUGCGCUCAUAAAGAGACACAGAUCAAUAAGAAUUCCCAUUUUGAAGCGCGACGGAUCUCUGAUGUCUCACUGACUCUCAAAAACAGCAUGAAUACAAAUCCUGCUGCUGUUUGGAUUAAACAAUGUGAACAAGUUCUGCAUUUCAGGAUUUGUUGUCUCAGGCUGAUGCAUGCAAACGCAGUGUAAGUGGAACUGUACACUGACGUAUGCAUGAAGUAAAAAUGUAGGGUGUGGGUGACCAGUUUACACCAGUAUAACUCAGAUUUGUUAAUAUGAAGAAGAAGAACUUAUUGAUCCCCGGAGGGAAAUUCUAUAUCAGAGGGUUAGUGAAGGAGCUCUUUAAAGCUGUUAUUUGAAAAAAACUCUGUGUGGCCCAUAAAACCUCAGUGGUAUUACUGUGUAGUCUUCUUAAAAAAUAAUAAUCAUAACUGUAUUUCUAUAUGGAUAUUUUUAUUGAUAUAUCUCUGUUAUAUCAGGUAUAUUCAGGUUUAAAUUGAUUGAUUAAUAUUGCAAAGUUACAAUGUUUCAAUAUUUUUCCUGAGACAUUAGGGCACUAUCUUUUAGCUUUGGUAAGAACCCAAUGAUUGAGGUAUCAUUGCAUACCUAAUAAAAAAGACAUUAAAUGUUCUGAUUUAUUAAUUAUCAUUCCAUAUUAAUAAACAAUAUAACAAAUAACUUUAUCUUCCUUAAUUGUAGCCUAAUGGAUACUUUUUAAAAGUUGUUUUGUCUGUCAAUUUCAAAUUUUUCUUGAUAGGAAUAGGUUUUUUUCUCGUUUGUAACUCCGUAAAAUAAAUCAAACAGUUUAAAGGCCAGAAAAAAAUCUUAUUUCAACAGGAUGCUGUUGUUGUUUUAUUGUCCAAUCAGCGCAGAAGUGAAUGUGUCUCCUGCCUCCAUCUAUUAAAAACUCCAUGUUGAUGAAUCUGCCAGUAAAAGACUGUACUCCAUUACCGCCUCAAUCGUCAAUCAUCUUUACUUUGACUAAAGAAGAAGACUUUGUGGGCUUUAAAUGGCUCGGCCUUUGCGUUUUUGUUUCUCCCCGCGGUACAGAAGUCAUUUUGUGGGUUUCCACUUGAGGAGUUAUGAGCCUGAGGACAAUAGCCCGGCUCUAAGUGAGCCCCAAACACUCGGUCCUGAUUCAUGGCUGCUGUUCUCCUCUCCGCUGCUCCCUCCUACGUAAUGGAAAACAAGAAAGGGAGGAAACUGGAAAUGUUCGCAGCUGAAUGCUUUUUAUUUCUCUCUGCUUGAGCGGAGGAUAUUUACCAAAGUAAAGGACUUUUCCACCGCAGUGCAUCAUAUGUGUUUGCCAUGAAAGCCUCAUUUAGGUGUAUUAGGUAUGAAAUAGAUCCGUGAGUAAGGGGAGGGUCUGUCUGCAGAAAUAAUUUGAAGCUCCUCCAUUUGGAAACAGCAAAGACUUGAGGCUUUGAUGUAAACAGUUAUAGUAACAAACUCUUUCUAAACUCUGUGUCCGAUUGGAGACAGACUCUAACAUCACAUGACCUGUUGUUUUGCGUUUUUUCUCAGUUAUGCUUUGAUUAAACAGUUCAUAAUUUUUACUGAGGGAGUGAUGCUGCUCUCUACUGGAAUUUAAAAUGAGUUACUGCCACCACAUUGCUCAAUAUCUUCUCUUUAAAGUGCUCCAAUAUGGACCUAAUUAUCUUUUCCCAAAUGUUAAGAAUGUGUAGCCCAUUUUUUUUUAAUUGGCAGUAAAAUUUAAGAAAACAUCCAAGCAAUAGUUGUUGUUUAUGAAUGUCAAACAUGAGGGAAAUUGGCUUAACAACAUGAUUUUUCAUUGUAUUUAUUUGCUUUCUUUGCUUUUUGCAAUUGAAUACAAUACAACAAGCAAAUCAUAAUAUACUGGGAAGAUGGAAAUGACAAAUGUGGCAAUUUCAGGGAAAAUAAUACACAAAAUAAAAUAUUCAACAAGACGCAGAAAAUGUGCACAAUUUGCCCAUUGAAGACCCAGGCGACACUCUUUUAUUGAUACUCAGAGGUUUACAUGGGUCUGAUGUUCAGUUUUGUUUUUAAAGUUAGUUAAACUUUGUUAAUUUGAGCUUCUUCAGAUUUAAGAACUCCUCUGACUGGCUUCUUCUGCUGUUUUAGCUGUUAGCGUUUUUUUCUUUGCUGGGGUUUUGGUUUGUGGUGUCGUUUCUUGUUUGCCGUUUGUCACGGAUCCAUGAGCUCCUGUCACUCCUUAUCUCCUCUUCCUCUCUGAACUCCAGCCAGCAUGUCACUGAUUAACUCAGCUGACAACACUCCCCAAAAUUGCCGAUCAUCGACAGCUAAUUGACAUUAAUCUGCAGAGCAUCGAGUGAAAGGAUGGAAAACCCAUUGGUGUGAAUUGUGAAGUGAUCCGCUCUCCAGCUGUUGCUUGUUAUUUCCAGAUGUCACCCUCCUCCGUAUCACAAACAGAGCUGAUAAACUCGGUGUUUGAAUCGCUUGUAAACUGGCUGUAGUGGAUGUUUACAAAUUACAGCUUGUUGUCUUUACAGGUGGCUGACAGCGACUCUACCUCAGAGUACUCUGAUGAUGACAUCAUGGGCCGAGGUCGAUCGGAGCCAGAGACGAGGCCGAUUCUGUCUGUCCGUGAGUAUCGUGAGUAUUUGAGUGUUCAGGGUAUAAUAGUUUAUUGCUCUCUACUCAGUACUAACAUAAACUUCCUUUAGAUGUUAGAAAAAUGAUUAUUUGGGAAAAAUUGUCAAUAGUUAUCUACCCGCUGCCCUAUUUUGCAUAUUUGAGGGUCUAAAUGACUAAUGACAACAAAAAAUGGAUUCAACCUUUUUGACUCUAGUUCGAAAUUCUUAUUCCAGUGUUUUCUUGAAAUAAAAUAAGUAAUAUUUAACCAACAAAAAUAAGUUGCCUUUAUCGUUUUGGACAUUUUAGGCUCUCAAAAGAGAACGUAUAUACUGUGACAAGAGCUUUGCUUUUACGUUUAUUUAUAAACAGUAACAUUACUUUUCUUUUGACAGGUUGGUGUAGAAAAAAAAUCUGAAACCAAAACUAUUCAAAUGACUGAAAAUUGAAAGUAAAACACAAUGGCAGCAUAUAUGAUGCUUUUUAAAUACCUUAAUGCUGAAGACUCACCAGUGGUGAAAAGGUGCAACUUCUUGAUUAAACCUUGGUCAAGAGUUUAUCGCACCCUUUGUAGAAGUUUUAUCAUGCCUUUAAAAAGCCGUAAUUCAGCCUUUAUAACGCCCUUCAAAAUCUCUUAAUCACACCUCUUAUUAAACUGUAAUGAGGCUUUUAUUACAGGUCUUCUUACAGUAUUAAUAAUAGCCUUAUUAAACUUCUAUCACAGCAUUUUUGUCCUCUAUUAAGCAUUUAUAACACCCUUUAUUAAGCUUUCAUUACAUCUCUCACAAUGCCUGAAUUGAGUUAAUGCUUUACUGAGGCUUUAUACCCAGUACUUAACCUGUUUUAAGUCUUCAUUACACCUUAAAAUCUUUAUAACAUCCUUCAUGGAGCCUGUCUUACACACUUCAUGUGGUAUUUGAAAGAUUUGAUGACAAGAGUGAACCAAGACGCUGCUUCAGUUCCUCUAGCUGUGACGUGCUUUCUUCCUUGCUGAUUUAUUAUCUUUUUAGUGAAUUUUAGUCAAACUUUAGAUAACUUGCUUCAGUUCCCAUGAUCCUGAUUUCAGAAUCUUGUUUCUGCAUCACAAGUGACAUAAUUUUGUGUUGACUCAGGAGAUCCAGGCAGAGACCCACAUUACAAAGUUAAUGUUGUCUGCAAAAUUCUCACUCAGGUUUAACUCUGACCACUCAAUGGCAGUUUGAUAUAAUACACAUUAAAACAACAUUACCUUCUCCAAUCAAAAACGCAUCUCUCGUCACCUAAGAAAACUAUUAUAUUGUUGUAUUUUGUCAAAUGCACAAAAAUUGUAUAUUGACAUGUAAUGCAUCAUUUUUUAAUUUACAUUAUAUAUCUAUUAUGUAUCAAUUAAUAUUGGCACGGCCAUUGAAAACCUGUUUUUAAGAAAUGUGGAACCUGCUUUUUUGUUUUUGACGAAUAGUAUUCCACCGUUGUCUUUAAAUGAAUGAUUUUUGCCUCAUUGUAUAUCUCAUGCAACAUGCUCCAAAAUCUAAAGUAGUCGUUCUUCCUCAAGUGCCAUCAGGUGCUAAAACACCUCUCUCUGCAUAUGACACUGGUGUAUUAGCUGCAUUGGCAUAUAUGAUGCAGCUCACCCUUUAGAUGAGAACAAGUGUGUGUUGUACUCCAGAUUGAGACUGUAAAACCUGCACUGAUUCUUUGUUUACAUACUCCUGAUUGCUGCUUGUCUGUGAAUGUAUGCGCAGUAGGGGCAGAUUAUAAAACCUGAUUUGCUCUCUGGGAUUAAUAUUGUUUACUGUGUUCUGAUCUGAAAGGUGACAUUAAGCCAAAUGAAAACAUCAUACUGCUCUUUGACCCUUCCACCUGUUCAUGAGAUUUACUGAUGAUGUCUUUGUCUUCGCAGAGCGAUCUGGAGGUCACGUCGAUCAUUUUGACAUUGUGGAGCGGGUUGAGAUGGGUCAGAUGGCCUCCAUGUUCUUCAACAAAGGUAAUAUUCCUCUCCCCUCAAGCUUCUUAUCUCGCUUCCCAUUAUUCAAUUAACUGCAGACGCCACCGCCAUCGGCUACGUGGAGGAGGAGUGAAGGUUGUGUGGGAUAAUACAGAUUUUUUUUUUACACUAUUUCUGUCCGAUCUUUACUUUAACAGAGGAAGGCUGAAGGCUUCUUAAUUGGAAGUAAUUAUAAAUGGAUAAAUUGCCUGUGGUUGUAAUUACCUGUUUGAGACCCCAUCAAGGUUGUUAAUCUCCCUGCAGCAUGUGUGUGUGUGUGUGUGUGAGGGGGCACAUGCUGUACGAGACUGUAAAGCUUCAGUCUGGAUGAUCUGGAGUCUAAUGAAACCUCUGUUAGCUAAAGUCAAAUUCACCUUGAAUGGUUCAGAACAACCUCCCGGCUUUACAUUUCUUAUUCAUAUCACUACAUUGUCCUGGCGGUGUAUAAGCAGCACCUCCCUCCUCUCCUCUUCACCCCCCUCCACGUGUCGGCUUACAUUACUCCCAGCGGCUCUCCUUAAGCAGAUGCGAGUGACUCAACAGUCUGCGGUGUCCCUGUUGUCGCAGGACUCAAAGAACAACAAAAAGGUCAAAGCUCUGACAACAUCAUCUGUGCUGACACGCUCUGUCUUUCAGCCUUUCAACACUAGGUGGAGCACUUGGCACGCACGCACAUCGUCGCACACACACACACGUCCAGCAGGCUCAUGUUCACACCCACACGUGUGAAUGCACUCAUGCAUGUCGUCAUGCAGCUCCCGCUGUUCAAGCUGCAGUGAGCUCUCGCCACCGCUCGUGUCUCCUGACGGUUAAAGGUGAGAAGAUAAAAAAAAAAUCUGUGCAGAUGACUCCUCUCUGCAUUAAACUGGAGGUGAGACACGUGGAGGUAUUGAUCGGUAAUAAGGAAAUUAGUUUUCUCUCCUUUGCUCUCUCUCCACAUGUGAUGGGAUAGCUGCCCACUGACUCAAAUCAGGGGAGAAUUAGACAGACAUGAGUCCUGAUGCACUCUCGGCAAGGAGAAGGGAAACGCAGCUCUUUUUGUCUGCUCUGUCAGAAAUGACCUGCUAUGUCUUUACCUGCUAUCAAGAAUAUUGAUCCCAUUGUGUGAACCUUCUGUUCGUGCACACCUGAAACAAACGGGUCAAACAAGCACCAAGAACGGACACAGAAAGGCCAAAUAUCUCAAAGGUUUUUUGUUGUUUCAACAUUGGAGACCCUUCAAGUCCAUGAAUAAAACAAUCCAAUCUAAAAUCACUCAUACUUGGUUAAAAUUUAAGCAAAAGCAAAAACUGAAAUGAUCAUUUUGAGUUUGUUUUUGAUGCAUUUAUCCAGAUGGACAUAAAAUCUUAUGGUGCACUGUCCCACUAUUUUAGAAAUCAAAUACAGAUGUUGGCGAUUUAAGUCAGAAUGUCUGUUCCUCAAAUUCAAAGACCAGUCAAAAUGGUGUCAUGAAAACUAACAAGUAUGGAUUAAAUAGAGAAGACUUAGUCCUGUGUAAAAGAGUUGGACAUAACUCAGUGAAUCUAAGGUAGAACUACCUCAAACCUGCAUUAUUUCUAAUGGCCAGCAGGGGGCGACUCAAGUAUAAGCAAGAAGUUAUAUGUACGAAACCCACUGACAUAACAACUCCUCUUGUCAGUGUGUUUAUUUAUUAGUUGAACUAUUUCCUAAAAUCUUCAUGAUCUAAAUCACAAGAAUGAAGACCUCCUUUACAAAGCAUGGUGCUUAAUACGGCUCCAUGAUAUUAGGAUUAACUGAAACUGCAAUCAAUUUUCUUGCCUGCGAUUUAUCAGGGUAUGAAAAAAAAACCCCAGAUAUCUUACUAGAUAAAUGCAGUAUGUUUUUCUCUUUCAACUUCAUAGUGAUUAGAACUGUCAGUUAUAAAGUUUUUUUUAUUAUUAUUAUUAUUAUUAUUAUUAUUUGGAUAUUUAGGACCCUCCUGGUUUUAUCUCUUAGUGUCUAAACCCUCUGAGAGAGACUGGGGCAUUCAUUAAAGAGACAAGAGGAGGAGAAAGCACAGGUGGAGCAGCAUGUAACUUUAUGAACUUCAUUAAUAAAAAAAAAAAAAGUAAGGAUUACAAACUGGUUGUUGUGACAUUUUCUUCAUUCAUAAUUUUUUUUUGGCUGUGCUUCACUAAUCAAGUCACAACUUGUGUGCAUUAACAGAAAGGACAGACUCUGGCUGACCUCUGCAUGCUGAAGCAAACAACAAUUUAUGUUAAACAUGUGCGAGACCAGCUCAGCUGUCUGGCUGCACUAACGCUCUACUCUGCAUAGAUAUUGUUUCUUUUUUGUCUCCUGGUACAUAAAAGCCCAUUUCACCUCAAAUAAUAACAUCGAGUCAAAUCCGUUUGUUGAAAUGUUGGAGCUUCAGUCAGCAGCUUAUACAUAGACUAAGAUCCAACAGUUCUGACUUCAAAGUGAUUGAAAAUAUACCUCAAAAGUAUCUGCUAUUGCUAAAAGUAUUGAGAGCUGUCAUUCACUUUUCAAAUAUGAAUCUUUAAUCCAUAAUGCCUAAAAAUGUUUUUCUAGUUCUCUUCCAAAGAUUAAGUUUGUGUGCAGUUGUCUGAAUAUCAGAAAAACCAGCAGCCUCUUUUUUCUUGAAGUGUAGUAUGAAACAAAAUUCAUCCAGAGGCAAAGUGCACCAGGUGUCCUCCUCUUUUUAAACAGAGUAACAAUGAAGAGUCCAUCAAGGUAAAGUGUGUUAAAGCAGUUUUAACACUCCUUCACACUCCGCACAGAUCAUAAACCAGAGGCCUGCUGUGCUUUGUCUUUUUCUCCUGCACCACUUUUACAAGCAAUUAAAAGGUUUCUCUGCUGCUGAAGAGAAGGGAGGCUCUCUUAGAGGGCAUUUGACUUCCUCCUGGACUGAAAUUGACAUGGCAGCGACAGCAGGCUUGGAUUAAGGCCAUGGGUAUCGUAUCAGGCUGACCUGCAGCCACUGACAGGAAUGUUGAUGCGGGGCUAGUUUAUCUGCACCACUGAGGAAAGGUGUGACUAUAACCUUCACACUGAUGAUUUGAAAGGUGAUUAAAAGUCGACUUUAGCGAAAGUCACAGGGAUACUAACGGAGUAGUCCUUACAUCAGCAUCUUGUACCAGCUCUUCUUCUGCGAUGUGAUGCAGUGUUAAUGAAGUUCUGACUGUGCAAUGUCAGUUUUCCCCUGUUGUACAAAAGUAAAGCCACAAAAUGUGAAGAAGACGUUCAAAAGUAUGAAAAGUCCAGUGACUCUUGUAUUUGUUGCUUUCUUACAUUAAUCUAGUGUGCACAGCCUUGCAGUAGCUGCAUUUGUCUGCAGAGUUGUCAGUCACAAUGUUGGAACAGUUUUUGCAGCAUAAACUGGCAGGAACCAUUCAAAAACAAAAUCCUCUAAACAAAAAAACUCUUGGACAUAAAUUGAAUAGAUAAAAUCACUAAAUCAACCAGAAUAUUGCACAGUCUGCAGAGACUGGAUGGCGUUAAAGAAAAAGCUGUUCAUUAGUCCAUUUGGUCUUGCUUUCAUUCAGUAUGUUUACAUGACUCUUGAGAAAACCGAAUUAUUGCCUCACUCCGAUUAAGACUGGACAACUGAAGUGCAUGUAAACACCUUAGUCCCACUAUAAUUGGAGUUUGAGAACUCCAAUUGGAGUCGGAGAACUCAGAUUAAGACACCCAGAUAAUGCGAUUGGAAUUUGAUUUUCUCUACCAUGUAACCAGCGUAGUCGAAGUAUGAUAGGACAAUGCAUGUGCAUGUGCGGUACGCCUCUGUAACCCUGGAACAAAAACACCAGAGAAGGGGAGUAGUGUGCAUCUCAUCUGCAGAAAAAGUAGCGUGUACAUCAACGCCGUACGAUGCUCCAUCUUCUUGCUCGAAAAUGCCCAGCAGCAGUUGUAGCCACGACUGACGUCUGGCGCGGACCAGCUGUUGUUGUUGGGUCAACUGGAAACAGCGCCACUGAAUAGACCCUUAUCGCCCCCCAAGUUUUGGGGAGGAGGGCACGUUCACCUCAAUAAUUCAAUUUUCUCAGCUGCAUGUAUAUGCGGACAAGGAGAGAAGUCCGAUUCGGCGAAAAAAAAAUAUUAUGAGCUUAGUCCGCUUAAGCUGUGCAUAUAAACGCACUGAGUGACCUGUUCUGCCCAGCUUAGGGCAGAUUGUCGAACAGGAAGUAGCCCAAGUAAGAAGAGAAUUUCACGAUGUUAAUGGCUCCGUAGUGCUAGCAGGUGUCCUCGAUGCAGUGGAGUGAGGGCUGAAGAUCUUCUUGGUAGGUUGAUUGUAAGUUAGGUCCAGGUGGUCGACCUCAUUUGGUGACCAAACUCAAAAGGCUUCAAAACUCUGCUUAAGAAACCAAAAGCUGACAGAUGUUUCUGUUCACAUUUACAGGAAGUUUUCAGUAACUUUGUGCACAUCUGAAAGUGAAAAUGAAUCAACAUUUCUGAAAAGAUGACCUGAUGUGAUUUGGCUGUAAAACUCCUCUUCAGACAGAAAUUGGGUGCUUCUCUGAGACGAAAUCCAAGUUUUGUGAAGUCUGUGAAGCUUUAAUGCUCUCUACCUUUUCAAGCUGUCAACAACAGCAUUGUUUCUUCACUGUGUUAGAUCCCUCUCUGACGUACAGAGGGCCGUAGCUGGGAACAGUGAUUCACUCUAGAUUCUGUCUUAAAUGAGAGCCAAACAUAGCCCCAUCCAUUUUUAACACCUCACUGGCUUUUGCUUAAAUGUCAGACUUGAGCACUGAGAGCAAAUGAGAAUGAAAACUGGGACUGCUCAAACCAUGGGGAAGAUAAAUGGACAUGUUUGUCAAAGCCUGCAGCCCAAUCAUUUUCAAUGAGCCACUGCUACAAUAGUUUCCUGUGUCGGCUUUGUAAGAGACGCACUUUAAUUUCAGGGUCGUAACGGCCGACUGUGAUCAAGCUGGCAGAUCGAUAUGACAAGUCGAGUCCAAGGAGAGAAGCUCACUCUGUGAAAGCUUUAUUUGUUACUUUAAGUGGAACCGAGUGAGGCCUGCUGUUUUAACUCAAACUUUGUUCACUUUUCCUCUCAGACUUCAUCUUAGUUCACCGAUGAAUAGAGGGGUAAGCAAUAGGGAGCAAACCCCCUUCCACACAUGCACUACACCCCUAAAAUUUCCCAGACAUUUACCAGGUGGAACGCAUGAGUGAACUCACCUUUAUAAUUCCAUCACUUCGACCUCAUUUAAAGCUUUUCCCACCAGACUGUUUGUUAAAAGCCUUAAGAAAGUGGGCCUGAGCAGAUGUGUGAGUGCUGCAGGGGAUGGUCUGGUACAUUCUGCAUGAGGGAGUAUGAGGAGGACGACAUUUUUCUUUGGUUUAGUGCUCACAUAAGCUGCUUGUCUUUUCUUGUGAUGCGCGAUCGACUAGGGCUGGGCGAUAAACCGAAAAUUUACAGAUACGGAAAUUUAUGACAAUAACUGAUGUCAUUUUGUCCAUGUUAAUAUAUUUGAUGUCAAAAAAUAAAAAUAAAAGUUGGUUUUGGAUGUGUGUAGGUAGGCUAUGGUCUCAUGUCCCUUUAAGACGCUGUCCUAUGUCGGAGAUGUGACUCCACCCCAUCCAUUUGGUAACAAAGAGAGAAAGACGGGUAAAGAGAGAGAGGACGGUGCAAAAGUUGUGGCGGCUGGAGGGAUGGCUGAAGUAGACUCGGUUAGCAGACUCAGUGGCUAUCAUCCAUUUAUUGUUAUCGAGGUGAACUGCUCCAUAUAUUGUGAUAUUGAUUUUGAGGCCAUAUCGUUCAGCCCUAUAAAUACAAUAUAAAUACAUAUAAACACACUGAUGUUAUCUGUCGUCUGUGCUUGUUUACAUCUAGGUAGUAGAGCAUUGUAGCAUAAUGUAAACAGUCAUUUACAAGAGCCACAGUACUAGUGGUGGGUGGCUGCACUACAGCUCAGGCCUAAAGUCACAUGCUGUAAAGAAUCUCUGCGAACCUGUUUGUGUGACAGGCACUUCAUGGGAGUAUGAGCUGAAGCCAAUGAGAAAAAGUUCCAGCACUCUUGCCGUCUUUAUGCAGAUGUUUUGGUCAGUUCAGGUGCUCACCAGGCCCACAAUCAUAGAAAUAUCGAUAUGUAGCUCAACUUGUUAGGAAACGUUGUGCUGACUAGUGAAGGUGGUGACAUUUAAUUAUUUGUUUGACUAAAUGCAAACAAUCCAAACGGCCUCAGAUUUAUUCAUUUUGUAUUUUUGAUUGUACCAGCAAACUAUUUGAUUGAGUAUGUGCCACACCGAGAGAUUGUAUGUCAAACAGGUGAACUUUAAUAGUUCAUUUCUUACUCCACUCUGUCCUAUUUACUUAUUUUUAGAGGCGUGCUGUUAAUAGUGUUGCUGCCUUUGGGCUGGCUCAAUUUAGAUUUCAUUUGUGAAAGUCUCAUCAAAAUUUGACCUUUGUCCUCCCAGAAGGAGUAAACUUUUACACAAGGAGAGGCAGAUUAAUGAAGUGAAAUUCAGGGUUAAAUUUCUCUCACUGUCUCUUUUAUUGCAAGUUUUUUUUAGCUAACAUUUUGGGAUCAAUUUAAACCCCUGCUGUAAAACUCCUGUAAGGUAAUAGAGUGCCCUCCCACAUCAUGUACUUUACUCAGUAGUGUCUUCUUUUCCUUUUACCUCCCCAGAGGAGGUUGUCAGGUCUGUCAGUCAGACGUAGAGUGAUCAUGAAUAGUGAUGCGUUUCACAGCUACAUGAAAGAGUGGACUCUUGCUUGAAAGACCCAUUUUACAGGCUUUCUCACCCGUGGCUCAGAGUAAUUGGGAAAUAUUAGUUACAGUGCCGUGAAGGCCCGUAUCCCUGUGGUCAUGCAGAGCUCGCCCUGGCCAUUGCCUACUGACAGCGACGACAGAGUACAGUAUGUUCUGUUCCUGCUAUUCACCACUGGGACACUAAUGUGACUCGACUAGCUUUGUGCCACAGGAGACAUUAUGCAGCCGGAGGAGGAUUUGUGUCUUCAGCUGACGAUGUGAGACGGAAGAUUGAGAAAGAAUUAAUUUCCCUUUUCUUCCGUAACCUAAUCCAUGAUCCUUUUCAUUUUGGACUUGGACUAUAUUAAAAUCAUGUUACGUCAUACUUCUGAAGUUUGUCCAGUAUUUCAUCAUUCACUUCUCUGCAGAACAGCCCUCUCUGUGCUUUGCACUUAAGGGUGCAUAAAAAAAGAAAGGGCUGUAGUCGUAAGUUUUAGUUGCUACAGCUGAAUAAAGUUGAACCAUCUUGAGGUCACUUCUGAAAGAAACCCGUCUCAUCCUUGUCCAUAUUUUUAUACUAAAUUUGAAGGAACCUUUACUUACUGCCCUUCAUCUUCUAUGGGACAUGAGAUUUCACUGAGCCUCUUCCAUUGCUGUCCGGUCUUGGCAGCAUGUUGCACUUCACCCCAUGACGGGUUCAUUCUAACAUUUCUUGUGCCGCAAUUUCUUUUUGUUACAGCAUUAAAAUUUCAUUUAUAUCCAAAGAAGAAGAGUCUGACUAGUACUGGGUGUCUUUUAGUAGCAAAGUGUAACAGGUGUGUGGGAGUAUAGACCUGGGUGAGGGAUUCUAUUAGGCAAGAGCCAGUUUUGUUACUGUCUUGUUAGGACUGAGGAGGGUUUUGCAAUUGGUAGCCAGUGGGGAGAGAUGAAUACCAUAGUGACAGGCUCUUUUUUGGCCUGAUUAAUGACCAGACAGGCUACUGUGUUCUGGAUCAUCUGCUUUAGAUGUCCUAGAGCAAACUCCAGAUGUUUUGGAGUUUUGAAUGUGCAAACAGGGAGGCCUGCCAGUAAGGAGUUGCAGUCAAGGCAUGAUAUUACAAAAGCUUGUGUAUGGGGCUGUGCUGCAUGAUUGUCAGGUGGAGUCUGAUUCUUCUGAUGCUAUAGAGGGGAAGUCAGCAUGACUGAGCACUUUAGGCCACAUGAACCUCAAAGGUCAGCUGGCCAUCAGGGCAAGAGUUUAUUUACCAGCUGGAUCUUGAUCUGUGGUUGUAUGGAUGGAUUGGCUGGGAUGAAGAGAUAAUUAGUUUUGGAGUGGUGUUUCAGGAGGAUCAAAUCCAGGUGGAGAAGGUUGAGUCAUGUGGUUGAAUUGACAGGAAGAGCUGGGUAUCAUCUGCAUAGGAGUGUAUUAAGAAACUGUGGGAGCGCAUAAUUGCACAUGAAGAGCAGGUGUCCAUCUUGAGGCCACUCCAGAAGUCCUGUCUAGUUCUCCUUACAAUACAUGGCCAAGCAGUAGUAGACACUCAAAACUCUAGUGGUUUUCACAAGCUAUAAAAGUUAGUACACUCUCACUGUUAAAUAAGGUAAAUUGUAAGGUUAAGGAUCCAUUUUUGUAUUUGAAAUAAAACACAUUUUGAUUACAGAUCUUAUAAACUGGCUGAUAUCAAGUUUUUCCUUAAGUCUCUGAAAGCGGACCAUGCUUUGGAUUAAAAUGAUGUAAAGUGUUGUCGAGAGCUGAAGUCCUCAAAUUGAUUCAAACACUUCCCGAAGAUUGUUUGUUUUAAUCAUGGAUUAUUAAAGAUGAUCAAAACUGGUGGGUUUAAUAAUCAAAAGAUCAAUCACAAACAAAAAUGUCAACAAAAAAAAAGCAUCUUGCAAUAACUUUGAAUUACUUUUGGGUAAAAAAAUGCAAUUUCAGUAUUUGAUAGAGGAAGUCUUUCUCAAAUUUGUGAAAAUGACUCAAAGAAAAAUCUACAGCUGAGAUCCAUGUGGAAGUGCACUCACAGAGAUCCACUAUCUCUGCAUCCAGGUCCUUCUACCUCAAGCUGGGUGAGGUCUGCAAACUAAUUAACAAGGUUGAAUAUAUAAAACCUUUGUUUAAAACUUGGCUGUGAGGAAGCAGGCCCCAAAUAAUGGACCCCAGAAGACACGGUCAUUGAAAAAGAGGCUUAGUGCCUCUAAAAUGUUGGUAUUGGCAUUGGAUUUCUGGUCCUGGACAUGGAAGACACUGCUAGAAUCAACAUCAUGUAAAUCCCUCAGUGUUUCUGGAGUUUGAUGGCCACUUAAAGCUGGGUCCACUGUCAGUGUCUGUGUCCAAAAAGCCCAUCUCUUGUCCAGCUUUUUAACUCUUGGAUAGGCACCCUCGACCCUUUAAUUCCUAAAAGAAUCAGUCUGCCCUGUGAGGCUGUAAAUCUGUCUUGUUUUAUUCCAUUUUAAUAGACUCUGUGCUCUAAUUUCCUUGUCAGUAAUGUAUUAGCUGAGGAGUCCAGUUGGACGUUUGAACCUCCCUUCGAGAAUUCAACAGCUUGAUGGAUGGAAGGUGCUCCAGGAUGAUCCGUCUGCCUGUUAAAGCUCUCGAUCUUGUCUUGGCAAAGGCGGCCAGGCCAGACUGGGUCGAGCCCGCCAGUCGAGAGGGUGGAUGAAAACAAAAAAGAAGAUGUUUAAGAGCUUGUCUCUGUGAAGAGUAAAGGGCUGAUGAGGAAAAAUUUCCUUCAUGGACUGAUUAGCUUUUUAAUUAAUGCUAUUAAUAUUUUUCAUUGAACCAAUAAGACGGGCCUCUGCUGCACAGGCUGCUGUCCUAGAAAAGGGAUGGGGGGAUGAGUUAGAGGAGGUGUGGAUGAGAGUACAUUUUAAUAAAGAUGGCACCAGAGUGGUAAAGUUUGACACACACAGUCCAUCAAAAUGUUUUUCGGGUGAGGACUUGAAGCAUCUAAUGAGGAAGAAAAAUGUGUUCGGUUCUUACGAUCUUGAACUGAUUUCACUGAGGUGACAUCCUGCACCUUCAAACCUGGACUUGAUUUUAACAUAUUUGACCCAAAUGAUGAAUAGGUACAGCGGUUUUAGAUUUGUUUUUUGGAGGCUGCUCCACCUGGAGGCUGUAAAGGCUUCAAUGUGACAAUAAAAGGAAAAUCAGCUGAUCAGAGUACGGCUAACUAAAGAUAAUCACCAUUCCCACUGUGCUUGAAAGUGGUUAAACAGUUAUCACUUCAGGGGUCAUGAUAAGAAAGUAGAAAACUGAUUUGUAUCAUGAAUCAGAUAUUAAAAGUUGAAUCCUUGUUUUUUAGAUUGACAUUUGCAUCAAUGGACAAAACAAGCACCCAAGCUCCUCCUACAAAAUGUGUUUUAUAGAAUUAAAAAGAAAACUCUUUUAAAGAUCUUUUUUUUAAUUGCUGGGUUAUUUAUGUUUUGAUUUUUUUUUCAUUUUUCGUCUUUCAGUUGGCGUCAACAUGUUCUACAUCUGCAUCAUCGUCUACCUGUACGGCGACCUGGCCAUCUACGCAGCAGCUGUGCCCAUCUCUCUGAUGGAAGUCGCCUGGUAAGACUCUUCAUCAAAUUCAUCUUCUGUUUUAGUGCAGAAUUAAACUCGCAUAUCGAUAGAUUUUAUGGAUGUUCUCUCUGAAGAACAUUCCCCACUUUCCAUUUUGGCACAACAGAGCACCUCUGUCUUCAUUUCAUUGACUCCCCUGCCUCCCCACUUUGGUCUCGCUGUCACCCCCUGAACUCCAGAUUAAGACAAUAAAGCUCUACUGACAGACGCUGACCUCUUACUGCUGCUCUUGGCGUGGAAGCUGUGUUGACUCGCUUCCAGAUAGAUUUUUAUUGGAAGUCCUUUGGCAAGACGGGGUGAGAAUGAGGUAUUUCAUAUAGUUACUGACUCUGCCCUUCAGAUCCUGGACCACAGAAAUAGCCCUUUCCUUUUUAGUGUUGUUUUAGUGGGACCAUUUCAGAGAGAUGGAGUAUCAAGUCUCAAACACUUUCAAAAAGUGGAGGAAAAUUUGUACUGAAUGACCUCUUGUAAACGGCCACUAUUGAUCCAAAUAAAGAUCUCCAACCCCAGUUUUUCAAAGUGAUACAUGCAUUGGAGUUAAUGUUGAAUAAGCUUCAAAAAGCUCAUUCUGUCUCGAUUUUGUUAAAGCACUUUGCUGGUAACCUAAAAUUUGUAAAUGAGGUUUUGAGUUUGAAUGAGUCUGACUGAAAGAGGAGAAAAAAAUCUGACAAAAGACGAUUAAGAAGCUUUUUAUUUUUUAAAUAACACAGCAGAUCAUUAAAAUGUGAGUGUAGGCUUUCUCUCACCUGCUGCAAAGACUUUUUUCCUUUGUUCAUUGUGAAUCAGUGCUGUUUUUUUAUACAGAGAUUUGAGGUAGUGAUUUUAUGUCUAGACUGUUAUAACUGCGACUGAAUCAGCUCGGUAUAGCAUUUAACAACAGGGUCUAAAAUUCAGAAAAAGACUUUUUUUUUUCUCUCACUGAAAACUCUUUAGAAACAGCUGGUAUUCUACUGGCCUUCCAGAUUCCUCUUCUUGUUCUACUGAACAAAUUUACCACAUUGCCAUCCAUUUCAGAUCUGAGCCUACAGUUAAGAAGAUCUGACUGUUACAGUCUCUUUUUCUUUGUAAAUGUUAUGACAAAGCAAGCGAACCUCAUCUUGUCCUGACUCAUCCUGUUAAAUUCUCCUCCACUGUGGUCCGACACUCGCUAUCCUUCCAGUGAGAAUAAGUGUGAGAUGUAACUGAGACUUCAAAAGCACUUUGCUUCGCCUGAAGGCACCAAAUCUACAGAGUUAUAAGUAGCAUGAGCAGAACCAGACGAUUAUACUGAAGCUCUAUCAGUCAUGCAACAAAGAUAGGGUUUGUGAGUGAAGAUACUCUUUAGGAUCUCACAACCUCAGCUGCAGUUUCGACUCAUCCAAUUGCGCCUUUGACAGCAUCUAAACCUCUGCAUUUCUGCUCUUUUGUUUCACACAGGCUAGUUCCCUUCAUGUAUUUCUUUGCCUUGAGUGUUUGAAGUUUUAAAGAUUUCACCUGCAACUUAAUCACAGUAAGUGAGUCGCAUGUGGAGGAAGCUUGUUGUUAAAGAAGUAGGGUGCCAAAAUAAACCACAAAAAAGGAAAUUUAAAAUGAAAACUUUAGGUGUUUAAAACAUUAACAGGUGAGAUGCAUCAGUGGACCGCUGUCUUUCUCUAUUUUUCUCUGAUUUAUCUGUCAGAAAAAGAUGGAACUUUUAGACAGACACAUGUGAGAGAAAUGGCCCACAAGUUAAUCGAUCACAGGUGUCAUCUUCUGCAGAUAACAAAAAGAAAAGUGCUGUAAUUGGAUGGCAAAUAUACUCGAGUGGCUGUAAAACCAUCUAGGUGACCUUUGUCUCACAUCUCACAUGGUUACUAAUGAAUCAUGACACUUUGUCUGUUUGUUUUUUGUCCUGUGCAGUGGAAACCACUCCUGCAGUGCUGGAAGUGUGAAGUACAACGACACAGACCCGUGCUGGGGUCCAGUCACGAGGAAAGAUGCAUAUCGAGUGUUUCUGGUAAGUGUUGUUUUUGGUCCAGUUGGGAGGGGAGAAAUGUGAGUCUUGUAGUGAGUCUUUGUCACAGGCAGUGGGGUCUGCCUAUACCUCCAAUCAAUCAAUGCCACAGUGAUGUACAGGUGUCUGGCAGGGUGGUGAUAAGAGAUAAUUCUAGUAAGAGCUACACAUCUGCAGAGAAACUGCAUGUUGCUGGAUGCGUGGGGGUCAACAUCAACUAAUUGUUGUGUCCCUGAGAACAUCUCAAGUCUGCUGUAGCAAGUCGAGGUGAUUCAUCCAAGUGAGAAAAAGAUUCUUUGAAAAGUGUUGCAGGAACGUCGUGGUGUCUGCGGUCAGACGGGAGGAGAGUGAAGCAUGGGUUGAAGGUUGUCAGGGGUCAUGUGCUAUUUGCAGCAGUCUGUCAAAGAUGGCGAGACCAAAACCUGACAGAUGAGAGAGACAAGUUUGCAGACGUAACACAGCGUUGUUGUCAUUGGAAAAAAGGUCUUAGUGAUCCAUGAGCAAGAGAAAACUACAAAAACUGCUCUCAUUUGUAACAAUGACUGCGUAGAGACUGAUAAAAAGCGAAGUUUUGGUUUGUUUCUACAUAAAACGGUAAGGACUAAUGAGGAAUGUGAAAUAAUGCAUGUCCAGCUUGUGUCAGAUGUGAUCACUCCUCUUUAAAGUGUCUUUUAAAUGAUGCAUCUGCCUCUAAGUGUGCAAGAAAACAGUUUUUACCCUGCGUACAUCCCUGAUCGCCCCUGUGCCAAAUCUUACCUGCGCUUCUGUUGGAUACAGCUCCGACAACUUCUCUUUGUCCUCUGAGCUCCUCUCUUACUUAAACUCUCCUGGACACCCCCUCCUCUGCAGUCUAUAGAAAGUGUGUGUGUCUCUUUUUGUGUGUGAGUAUGUGUCCUUGGGGUCUUAAGUGAGCCAAACUCUCUGAUUUCGACUCCUGCUUUAACUUUGCCAGGCGACAGUGAUAGAUGUGCUGAUCUCCUCCAGUAUAAUCUCUCAGUCUCUGUCCCUCUCUCCGCCCAAACCCUGUGUUCUGCCCUCACUUACGUUUUAACAGAAUGAGAAAAUAAUUUGCCAGUAAAUGAACUUUUCCCCUUUUAUCUCCUCCGGGAUGAGCCUCUUACUUUAUGGGAGCAAAACUGAAACAACACUGAUUUUCUAUCUCUGCUCUCAGUCGGUUUUAAACUCAGAAUUUUCUGUUUCACCGUAUCAGCUCAGGGGGGAAGAUACAUAACUUUAAAGAUGUUUUUGUCCAGUGAACACUGUUAAGAGGGCAUGCACUGAUCUGACCCUUUUUUGUCUAACUUUUAGUCUCUCAUUGAGUAAAGUAGCAAGAGGCUGUAACCACACAAUACAUCUUUACUGCAAAUGGAGACUUUAACACAAAAAGCCUCCUCAGACCUGUAACAAUUAAGCUUGCAUGGUUUAAAAGGUUUCUGCAUUAAAGGGCACAAAAUCCUGCAGCAAGCAUGCACAGUGGAGCUUUAUGAAACACACGAGAGACAAGUUGAGAGACAACCAAGUAGUUUGCAUUCACAUUAGGAAAUUAGACCUGCUUUUUCUGCAGCUGUUUGAUAUUUUUUUUAACACAGCCCAGUAAAGCUCAACAAUUCAAAUUUUGCAAUAGAGAGAUUUUCUUAUUUUUUGAAAAAUAUUCACAUAUUUUGAACCUGAUGCCAUCAGUAUGUUUUAAAAAUAUUAGGGCCGGGUCAUCAGCUCUUUUUUUAACAAGACUCUGAAAACGUUGGUGAACCCAGAAGACCAGGUUCUGGAGUUUAGAAAGUGAAAUGUUGUCCCAUUCUUGUCUGAUAAAGGAUUUCAGCUGCUUAACAGCUCAUGGUCUCUUUUGUCACAAAUAAAAUAUUCACAGUAAAUGAGAAAAUUGACUGUCAAAAAUCUAUAGACACCACUGAAGCAUGCAGAGGACACAAUAAGCAAAGACUGCUUUGACUGAUGGUGGUGCCAAAUUUCACACAAACGGAAAGUUCCUCAGGAGAUGCUUUAAAUAACCAAAAAAAGUCUUUUUUUGGGACUGUUUUUGCAGCCAGCUUCUCCUUCAUUCCUACUUCAGAUGUUUUUAGAAAUGUGCAGUGACAAAGGAAGCAGAGCAGGAGGCUGGUUUGGUGCUUAACUGUAAUAGUGGCUGAUAACUAUCAGCUCAAUAAGGUCAAUACUAACAGAUCAGAUAAGAUUGAAUCAUCUGUGUCACAGUGAUAUAACUGCAGUAGAAUUUAAUCUGUUGUCAUUGUAUAAGGUCCACUUCUUAUUUUAAUGAACCACUUCCUGCUGCUUUAACUUGGUAGUCUUUAAACCAAGGAGGAGUGAGGAUUUAACAUCUUACUGCUAAUUUAUUCUCUGCUUUCCAUUUUUAAAUGAAGCCCCAAAUUAGGCCCGUUCUGAACUCAUGAAUAGUUAAUUCUCUUAAUAGUAUUUUCAAGCAUAAUAUUGUUCUUUGACUCACAGUUAUUCAUAUAACUGUAAUGUUAUGAUCAUGUUACUGUCACAUUCAUAGUUUGGGUUUUGUUUUCUCAUCAGUUUGUUCAGAUUUUCUUUUAAGGAAAAAGUGUGUUUUUUUUACUUUAAUGUUGUGUUUGACCUUUGGCUAAAUAAAUCAGUAAUCACUGAGCUGUUAUGAAACAUUCAGCACCUCAUCGUCCAGCAGCUGGACCACCUCCUCUCACUUCUGUGUUUCUUCUCGGGCCAGGGGCUCUGGCCUGAAGAUGGUGCCCUGACUCUGAAUGAUGAGUCUAAAUAAUUGACUGUUUCUCAUCAGAUAUGCUCCUCCCUGUGGAAAGAGCGAUCACCACAUGCCCCGCCCAAGACCCACCUGUGCUCCUUUGUAUUCUCAGUGUUGUGAGCUGGGCUGCAAGGACAAAGUGCCCUUCUUUUUUAGUUUUAUUGAACCAAGUUUCUGCAGUGCUUUAAUUCAGGUCAUCAGGACUUUAAGAGGGGUCAGUCAGUGAAGCCAUGCCCAAAAUUGGUACCUGAAAAAUAGAUUCAAAAGUGUAAAUUUAAAGUUUAAAAGAGCACUUCUUGGGAGCGCUGAACCAUCUGUGACUUAAUAAAAGUGCAUCAAGCAGGGCUCCAUAUCUGCUGGUGCUCCUGGGCUGCAUUUUUAAGGCCCACAUUCCUUAACAUUCAUCCAGCAUAACAGUCGACUCGCGGCAAACUUUUCUGAAUUGUUUUUACAGAAUAAAAAAGUGAAUUCAGAUGGGAUUCAGCAUUCAUUCACCAAGUGACUUUAUUGAAAGAUAAGGCAUAUUGAAAUAGAAAGGGGCAGUUUGGGAAAAACACAUGUAAGAAAACAAAACAAGGACUAGACGUUAAAAAAGAAACUGAAGGGAUAUUUCAGUAUUUUUAAAGCGAGGUUGUAUGAGUUAGAUGUAAAUAUUUUAGUCACAAUAGAUGCCACUCAGAUUGCUUGGCCCUUUUAUUGAGAAACUGCAGAGAGAACCGGUGCACAUGCGAGGCUACAGUUUUCUGCAGAUGAGACGACUUUGUGAUAUAAAAUAACUCCUUUAUAGAGACUCUGAUCCAAGCGCAUAUCUCAGUUUAAGCGAAUGCUCUUGAGAGAUUUUCCUCAGGACUUGUUUUUCCAUCAGAAAGCCCAUUUGUUUAUGCACUAUUUACUGACACAAAUUACAUAGUACUCCUCUGCCUGCAGUGCACUUAUGAGCAAAAUGGGUCUACAAUGUUCUUCCAUAGUGAGAAUUUUAGCAUAAUCUAAAGCACCAAACGGCUCAGAUCAACCUACAGACACUGUGAUGUGUGUAGUAUUUGUUAUUUCAGUGCCCUCCUCCUCUUCAGCAGCUAGCACAGUGCAUUUUGAUAAGGUAAACAUAUCCUGUGGACCAUUUCUUGUGUCAUUAUGCUGUAAACAACAGAGCGAGAUUAACAUUUACUCUGAAGACACUCUUUCGUUGAACUUUUCUGGUUUUCCUGAAUUUUAAAAUAAGUGGGUAACAAACAACGCCUAGGGUUCAGUACAGCAGUGGAGUUGAGUUGGUGAAUGUUUCAGACAGUAGCCUUGUGUGAACUGCUGCUAUAUUCUGAUUUCUUAAACACUGUUUUUCAACUGUUGGACUUUAACAAGCUUCUGUGGACACUGUCUUUUUUUCAAAAGCUUUGAGGUUUUUGAUCAUGUCUUCUUUUAAUUGACUAAAGAUGAGGUGGUUUGGAUAACCCACCCAAGAAACAGUUGUUCUCUUUCCCAUGAAAAGUAAACCUCAUUUUCCCCAGAAUUUUUGUAGACCGAGCAAAGAUGUAAUAACCCAGCGAAGCCCAUUUUUCAAAGUCAAACGUGCUGGAGAGGGCUGAAAAUUUGAAAAAUGUGGGCAUGUCCACUUGCACAAUUUUGGCCAUGCCCACACACUGUACCUGUAUUCAAGAAAUCACAGCACUGCAGGACUACUGUGUACUGAGUUUGGUGACUGUAUUAGUAUUUUAAGGCAGCCAAACAGCUGACCAGAGCCCUGUGUGUACGGUCUUGCAUUACAUUUGUUACAACUAGGGCUGGGCGAUAUGGCCUCAAAUCAAUAUAACAAUAUAUUGAGCAGUUCACCACAAUGGUGAUAAAUGGACGGUAACUACUCCACAAGCUGCUUACAUUAACUUUGUCAACUUUAGCCGCUGCUCCAGCAGCUACAACUUUUGACCCGUCCUCCAUAUAUUGAAUAUAUCGGUUAUUGCUGUGAAUUUCAGUAUCUGUGAAUUUCGGUCUAUCGCCCAGCCCUAUUUACAGCGUUGUCACAUUAUACUAUAUCUCCUGCAGAAUUGGUAAGAGCUGAGCAGGUUCAGCUGAUUUAUAUUACAACAGUUUACUGAUUCACUGAAUUCUUCCCUAUAAUAGUUAAUAUGUUAUAACUCUGAGCCCAGACUCUGAAGUUUAAACAUCUAAAUCUAUUAAGGCUCUAUUUAAAUCUAAUUAGUACUGUAGUUUUGUCCUGUAUAAAUUAAGUUUGGAUUAUUGGACACCAUCAGCGGCCUGCAGCAGUGGGAGACUUUUCCCCGGCUGUGUCCUGGGAAACUGCUGCAUUGAAGCAUCACUGCUAUGACAUUUUUAGAGUUUAGAAAAUGAGGAGAGAUUAAAGAGCAGCCUGAUUAUGGUGUUGCACUAAAGAGCCCUAAUCCCUGAGUGGGUUAUUGUUGUUGGAAGAGGGACUGAGAGGCAAAGGGACAGAGAGGGAGGCUGGUGUUUGAGCGGUUUGGAAACAGAGGGUGUUGUCACAUGAGUUCAGAAGCUUUCAUUUAGUGCUUUUGCGUGUCUGAGCCCAUCUUUACCCCAAAAACCUGUCCAUGUCUUUAGAAUCUGUCGGCCUCAUCUGCCAGUCAAAAUGAUUAUUUCCAGUAUUUUCCCCCUAAAGUCACAGAAGAGUGUGAAAAUUGUCAAUAUGAGCAACCAACACUUCCAAAUGCACAGAUGUUCAGUUUGAAAUGAUAAAAACCACAAUUACUAAUAAGUUGUCACAUUUUUUUAGAAGCUAACCCUAACCCGUAUUCUCUAACCAUGUCUCAAAAUCUUCUCUGAAUCUCUCCAACAAUGACACAUUAUCAUGGUUGAUUGGUAAGUAGAUCACUAAUCUUAUUGUUCCUCUACCCGUCUGUUUCCUCAUCCUAAAAGCAGCUGAACAGCUGGGUUUACCACAGAGUUUCUUCUCACUUUUCACCUUGUUCAGUCGGUGUACCUUCUGUCUGGACUGGAGGUGCUUUUAAAUUUUGUAUGUGAACCUCCUCAACAGUUUUGUCAGGUUUACCCCAGAUGGCUGCACCGCUGCAAUUGGGCUGCUUUGUUCGCAGUGGACAACAGAUUGUGGGUUAUUUUUAGGUCUUAGAACAGCUGUCCCUGUACAGAUGAGUAGACCUUUACCAACAGCAGUUCAGAGAGAGGAAUGAGGAGGGACGUGGAGUGUGAGUCAAAGAAUCUAGCCUGGGGUCUAGUUUUCUUUAUUUUUGAUCAUGGGUUGUAUACUGCAUAUCAGAAGCUCAGGGUUUUAAACAGUUGACCUCUCCUGACCAUCCCUGUGGAAUCACAAAAAAGUGAUUCUGCAAGAAAUGGACCCUAUUGUUCCUCUCAGCAAACAGUUUUCUCAAGAGUUUAUGACCCUUUUCACUAGUUUCAUGUCUUGUGUAAUCCACCUUGAUGAUCACCUUUGAUUUGAUCAAAUGUAGAAUAAAAUGGUUGAUAAGCUAAGACAUGUUUCAUAGCACUGCUACCAUGUGACUGAGUGACCCGUGCAUGAUGAUGUGGGCAACUCAGGAGUUCAUUGCUCAACUUUCUGUAGAAUAGCAGGUUGUUUAAAACUUGUUCUUAGCUGGCCAAAAUCAGCCAAAAACGCAAAUAUAUUUUGUGAAACCCCUCUAAAAGUUUGCAAGGGACUCGGAUAUUUCACUAAACAAAAAUAUCUCAUUGAAUUAAAAAGCCUCAGAGGAAAAAAAAAAGAUUUUAUGAAACUCAAAAGCAAUUUUCACAUAGAUGAUAAAGCCGGACAACUGAACCCUUCCUGCAGAUCGUCUGACAACCACAAGGGGGCACUGAUUGCCGUCACCUUAAAAAAAUGGCUAACUUGAUACUUUUGAUGUUUUCAAGAGUGCCAAAACAUUUUUCUUUCAAGGUGGCUGUGAUGUGUGUGAGGGCGCUAGGGCAGGUGGAUUGUUGUGAAAGUAGGCAGGAUGUCACUUGUUCUGCAGCUCCUGUAAACAAUUACAAAAUCAGCACAAAAGAGAAUUAGGAUGGUGGAUUGCAUGGUCCCUGCUUUUGCUACCUUCACUGACCUACAUAAACCAAAGCCUGGGUGAAGAUAUGACCUAUAUACCUAAGAUAUAACCUAAGAUAUAACUUACUUUUUUCUAAUUAAUAUAAAACAGUAGAUAUAACUAACCAACAGGUUACAUAACAGUGAAUAUGUCAAAUUCUUAUGUACAGUCUGAAGUGUUGAUACCAACAGAAAUCGUCUCUUAGUAUGUUCAAAAAGGCUUCAAUCGGCAGGUGUUUAUUUAACAUCUCUGCAGCAGGUUCUUGGACUCUAGUGUUCUUCUCUGCAGAUUGCCUGACCCUUUCUUCUCCCUCUAACACUAGGAGAGCACGUUUGAACUCUGUGUGUUUCCAGGCAGAAAGUUUUCCUCCCAUGUCGGUCACAUCAUCUUGACAUCGACACUCUCCCUGCAGGGAUUUGUGUUACUUCAAGAGGGUUAAAUUCUGUUUGAUCUUUACGUUGAGUUUUUGGGUGUUGUUGUUUUUUGCUCAGCUUUCUAUGUUGUUUUGGUCAUCGACAUUACUUACAGAGACAGAAGUUCUGGAUUCACAAAGAGACAGACUAGUUACUCCAUAUAAAACAAGCCCUGAAGCUGCUCUGUAGAUAUUUCAUCAGGUCACAUCUUUGACUUUAUCAGUAUCGACUCCACACAUCAACACUAUCAGCUGUCGACUUGCCACUGUGGCCAUCUUUUCCUAAUCUGAGCUCUGAAAGCUCUUAAGAAGAUCAAUUGAACUUGAUUUGCGCUGCUGCUGAUUGAUUCCUCUGUACCCUGCUGGAGUGGACGACUGGGAGCUUUUCCUCCCGUAUCUUCAAUAUUUGUCAGCACUGAGGGUGUGAAAGGAAAAUAACGGAGGCCAUUGCAUAAAGCCGCCCUCACUGUUGAUCCUGGCCUUUUUACACAGCUGUGAUUGAAAAGAUUAAGCGAACUACAGCGUCAGGGUCCUCUUGGGUUUGUUUUCAGCUCCAGCAGAGAUUCCCCGAGACCUCAAUUAAACUUGUCUGUCCUUGAUUGUCCCCUGCUUAGUUUCCUCUUUGAGUCUCCCAGCAGGAGCUUUGUCACAGUAGCAGCAGUCGGUGUCGCACCCUGUUGGAUGGCCGCUACAACUUAAACGGCUGAUUUAUUGUUCUCGCAGUAUGUGGGAAGUGAUGGAAAAUCAAUGAGGUAUAUGAGCCCCAAUACAGUUUAUGCUUACGCUGCACUGUUCAUUGCUUAUCUUUAUGCAGAUGUUUCAAUUAUACUGUGUUUCUAUUAAGCUGCGCACUGUCUCAUGUAUUGAGAUAAAGUCAAUUUAAAGUGUGGGCAAAGUUACAAAGUUGUGAAAUGGCCCACCCAGCUAUUUCCUUCAGUAUAGAAGUGAUUGAUCAUCUAAACGUCUGAUAGAGUUUUUCUUCAUCAAGAGAAACUUCAGCGACCUCAAUGCCUCUUUUCUAUCCGGGCCUCCUGUUGUCUUUUACCGUAGAAGUGUCGAAGUUAACGGCAAAAACAAUCGAACAGGAGGACCACAUCCUGAGUUAUUGUUUUAUCAAAUGCAGAGAAGAAUCUGUAUUUCCUGGUAUGAAAAUUUUAAAUACUCUCAUUAACUUAAAAUUCUGUUUUGUCCGUGCAACAAUUGAAAAGGAGUGAAAAAUAAAUAGACCAAAAAGUAGAAAGAAAAUAAGUGCAGUCUUAAGUCCUUCCUACAGGUGAGGUUAUUGAUACAACUUUUAUGAUUAUAGCACAGGUAUUUUAGAGCAGUCUCAGCUAGAGAUGCACCAGUCCAUUUCUUUCUGAUCCAAUCUGAUACUGAUACCGAUACUGAUACCUUGGCUGAGCGUAUCAGCUGAUAUCUGAUACCGAUCCAAUACUACUGUUGAAUGAAUGAACUGUAUACCUUGCCCUGUGAGUGAACACAUCAGGCUUGACAAUAGCCUUGAUAAAAAAAAGGCAACAAACUAACACAGAUAUAAAUUUACUUAAUAUUCUCUAUUAACAAAUAACCAAUAGCACAUUAGCACACAACAAAAAGACGUAAGACUUCCAUGUAAACCAUAGACUGUUUAUACCAUGGACAACUUGGUUCCGCCUUCUGCCAGUGUAUGGAUUUGAAGCCGAAAAGCUCACGGUAUUUCUGCGAUUUUUCUCCAUUUCCUUAGCGUUGUGCGCAUUUGGCGGGAGAGUUGCCGAGAGUCGCUGUGACGAUGCUCGGCUCAAACAGGGUAUCCCCCGACUGAGCUACGCAAUCUUCGUACGCCCAUAGGCUGUAUCAAAUGUCAAUCAUGGAAAACGUGAACCCCUUAAUAACUUUUAAAAAAAUGGAGCUGUACAGAAAAAAGAGGACUUGAGCACAAACCAGUCUUACAGUAACUACAUGUCAACAUCCCAAGCAGGGGGGAGAAAAAAAUUGUAAUUUGUGAAAUACAUUUUUAAAACUUGUCUACAGCUCCAUAGGGAUUGCUGGAGGAGGCGGGAUUUAUGACCUAUACUGCAGCCCGUCAACAGAGGGUGCUGUUCUAGGGGUGACUUCACCCAGCGAGGAGGCAGACUGCAUUCAUUCGAUACACUGUCUAUGAUGUAAACAUUUAGUGCAAAAGGAUAGACAGACAUAAAAUACAGGGCGAACAGAAUCGCUGUGUUGCUGUGUAUGAUGUUAAUUAAAAGAAAACAAAGACUCAAUCAAAACACUGGAUCGGCAUCAUUCAUCAGAUAUCUUAUCCAGUUAAUUUGUCAAUAUCGGAGCUGAUAUUCGAUCCAAAUAUCAGAUUGGUGCAUCCCUAGUCUCAGCCUCAGUUUCAGUCCCACAGAUGUCCAUCACAGGCCUCAGAGUCUUUUAUUAGAUGUACACAGUAAGUAGGAGCAGUAUUUACAAUAGUAGAGCAGCAGAGACUCCCUCAGUCCAGGAUGUAGCGCUGUGGGAAGAGAUGACAGUGCUGAGGGUUUAAUGGAGAUUACCGCAGCUGGAGGACGUAUUUGAGCUGGUAUCCACAUGGGGGGGGGAGUCCACUCCACACAGCAGCAGGAAGCCGUGGAUCAGAUGCAUAAUGUUUGAAUGACUGGUGGUGAUUGGUUAUAGAGGAGGCGUAGUGGUACCUGGAGAAUUUCUCACUUUUUUUUUUUCAAGAUUAGUCCUUUUUAAGUUGCAGAUGGAGUGAUUCAUUGAUGUUUUCUGCAGACUUGUUUGCACCAGGUAACAGAUGCACCCAUGUGUAAUGUUUCCUUCACUCUCCAGCCUUAUCAGACGUGUCCUCGUCAUGUUCAAGGACAUAGAGAGUGUGUUUGUCUGUGUCUGUGUUUGGCUCCGAUGAGACAAACCUCCAGGAUGGGAAAUUGACUUGUCAAAUGUAAAUAUCUACUGACAGAUAAAUGUUCAAACUUUGUAAUAACUCAUUAUUCUUCCUCUAAAAUUCACCACUCUAAUUUUUUUUGACCAGCUUUAGGCUGAAACUUCCCGCCCUGCUGUCCAUCUGUCAUUUUAGCAAAUGCCCCAAACUGACAGAUGUUUACUUCCAAGUGAGAAACCACUCCACUGCUUCACAUGAGUAAUUUCUUCUCCUUGAGGAGGUACCAUGAAAUAGUCUGGAGAGGUUGUGGAGUCCUAAAGGCCCCCAAAAGAAGGGAUCCAAGACUUAUGAUGGACUUUGAAUUAGAAUUGUAGUAGACUUCUUCAGACAAUCACUAUCAUUAUUUACAAGUAGGUUUAAAGAAGUGAUUUAAUCCAAGUCAAGCUCACCUGAGGUGAGGAAAGCUCUUAAAUUUGAAGAAAAAGGCCUGAGUUAUUCAACCCAGUAACCAGAGCGUCAACUCUAAACCUGACUGUUUACAACAACAGAUAAAUAGAAUGGGGUCUGACAAAGCUACUGUUAAGUUUCGCAGUAAAUUGAGCUAUAAAGGAAUAAAGGACUCUGAACUUGAAAGUCCAUUUUGUGUCUUAACCCUGAUCAAACCUUUGAACUUUAGAGAUCUAAUCAGAAAAACCCAACUGACUUUUGGGGAUUUGUAAUUGCUUGGAGUUUUGUUGACUGGCUGACUUUGAUUUCAAGAGAUAAAAGAAGAUAAAACAAAGGACUUUACUUAGUAAUAAAAGAAAAGGUACAGAAUGUUUGAGUAAAAUCAUUAUAACCUGUUGUUUUCAUUACCAACUUGGAAAGUUAAGGGAAGUGAAGUAUGGUAACCAAGGUACCCAAAAAGGUUAAUUUGAUCAGACUAUACAACACACAAAACCUUUCAUAUAUAAAAAUCAGCGUUUUUUUUUUUUUUCUUUUUUUUUUUGUGACUUUGACAUAUUUCAGCUUUUACUCCAGAGGAAGACUGCUAAAGUUUGUAGUUGUAGCAUGUCGAGGUGAAGAAGAGAAAAAGGUUAAAUUAGAAAUAUUAAACCUAAUGAACCAAGGUACCGGUACCCCUUUAGCUUGAGGGGAUCCUAUCAGAUUGUGUCGACUGGCACCUUUUUCCUUUUUUUAUUGGCUCUGGCGGUUCCUAUUUUCUAUUCAUAUGAAAUGUAGCUCUGCAGCUAAGGAGCUGAUCAUCCUUGGUGAAAAUACCCUAAGGAUCAGCAUGAGCCGGGUUUUGUCUCUGCACUCUCUAAGCUGAACAUAGUUCAACUUUUUGGACGUUGCUGUAAAAUUUACCAAACAAAAAUGUCCUGCUCUGUUUUUUGUUGCUGAGGAUUUUCCAAAUGUCCCCUUUCUAAAACAUCAGGAUUAGAUUUGGGACCCAAAAACACAUGGCUAUAUUUCAUUUCAUUUAAAAUAGAAACACACCAAUUAAAUCAAUGGCUUUGUGCACCGGAAAAACUCUAACGUGACAAGUGUUGCUCAUUUGUCAUGAAAUCCUGUCAUAAUGCACUGCAAGCUUUGAGAUAUAGGAUGAUAGAUGGGUAAACGAUGACAUUUUGCCAGGUUGGAUCUCUUUGAAUUCAACUUGAGGUCUUGAAAACAAGAAAAUAUUGAUGUAUUUAUCAAGACAUUUGAGUGUGAUCACCUUUCCAUGUGUGACUCUGUAGGGAGGAAAAAAUGUUCAAAUAAACCAUCCAAAUACAUGAAUUCAGAGACUAUUUGUCUAUGUGACGAUGGUUUAUGAGCAUUUCUCCUUAGAGGGCACGAUAAAGAUAAUGUGCUUCAUUCGUCCUUUGCAGUGCUGUCAACAAGGUCCUUUCAUUGUGAUUCUUUUGCUCAUAUUUUGGGAUGAGGGAGGCAGAGAGUGAGACAAAUCUACGUCCCCUUUUACAAGGACGUUUUAGAGGAUGUAAUACUCACACUUACUGAAGGCAAACAAACAAGAUUCAUCUGAUUUGUGGUUUAAAACGCAGAUAGAGCCGUCCACAUACAGACCCGGUGUUAACUUUAGCUCUUUACCUGCAGGGCUGUGCACGUGUGCAGCUCUCAUUUCCAUGCGGCAGGUUAACAACUUGAGAGUGUUUCUGAAUUGAUUGGGUAUUUAACUCUCACUGCUCUGUAGUCACUCCUCAGGGAGCAGCAGCUUAAGUGCUGUCCACUGACCUGUGGUGCCCUCCCCCAAAGGAAAAAUAAAAUUCUUAAUCAUUGCCUUUUUUCAAUUACACCUUGAUGAAUCACACGCUCACCAGACGUCCACUUUGUUGAUGUAUCUUUUAUUUUCUCCUCAGGUCUCUCAUCAGCCUAAUUUGGAAACUCGUGUAGCUCCCUCCCCUUCCUCUCUGUCUCCCUUUUUUACAACACCUGAGAUGAUGAUGAUGAUGAUGGGCGGAGUGAAAUAGCCACCGUCAUAUUAGACCUCCAGCAAAUUAUCGUUUCUCAUUUCCUCCCCUUGAUACGUCCCAAACCAUAAAGUCAUAAAUCUUCAGCCCUUGCUGUUGCUCAUUAUUUUUACCUGCAUGGAUGUAAAAUGGUUUCUUUUUUGAGAAGAAUUAGAGCUUAUCAGCUAAUUAGGUGCAACAGCAGCUUGUUUGAAGUUAUCACAGCUGAAGUGGAUGGAUGCUCAUCAGUGUUUACAGUCCUUUCCUUCUAUGAAGAGGGUGAAUAGAUCUCAGUACGGCUGUAACAGGGUUUUCUCAGGAUAAAGUAGCAAAGUUGUUUUUUUUUUUUUUUUUAUGUUACAGUGCUUUGUGAGUUGUUUAAAUAUGUGUAAUAACUAGGGGUGGGAGAAAAAAUCGAUACAGCUUAGUACAGCGAUAUUUUGUCUGGUGAUAUAUUGUAUCGUCUCAUCCACCAAGUAUUGACUUUUUCAAAUACAACCUUAAAGCUCCCGUGAGAAAUUUUGACUUGUGUAAAUUUUGGCGCCCUCCGGUGGAUAUAGCAAUCUUUGCUUUGAAAAGGCAUCAAUUUAAAUUUUGUCUAAGACGAGUGGUGCUAGUUCUGCUGAUGUUAUCUCACUAUGCAACCUAGUUCGACAUUAUUUACCCGCUGACUCUCUGAUCCUGUGUUCAGCUCAUUUUGACUGUCUGCUGAGUGUUUUCUUGUCAAGCUAGCUCGCUAUUCAAAUUUGAAAUUUCUCUCAAUAACUUGGAAACGAAAUGUUACAGAACAUCCCUGGCACAGGCGGUUGCAUUAUAGCUGCUCAUGGUAAAUAGACCACUGCAACUUUGGCCUAAACUUGAGCUUUUUGUGGGUUUCACGUUGAGCCAGAAGUUGGUUGGAGUUGCCAUUUCAAAUAUGGGGACCCUCAUUUUUGGUUUGGCUUUAGAAACCAGUGGGUGGUGCCACCAAAACUAUUUUCAUACAGUCUGUGCUUGCAACCAAUAGAGUCCCCCCUAGUGGUCAGUGCAGUAAUGCAGCUUUUUGGCAUUUGUGCAUUACCUUCUCUUUUUAAAUGCUGGAUUAUUUGUUAUAGUCCUUCAUCAUAAAAUCUUAACUUGAUGGUGCUGGUAUGUAAAAUGACCUGAACUGUGGACACAUUCAAAUGUAAGACAACAUUAAUGUGUAUUAGUCAUUUUGACUUCCUGUAUUAAACAAGAACAGAAAUUAUUCAGAAAUUAUGCAGAAGUAUUUUAGGGUUAUCUAGAUUUUCUCGACUUAUUUCCCAUUUCGAGUUUGAAACCAGUCUAGCUGAAAGUGACCUUGCUGCAGACAAAGGGAGAGCACUCUGCUGAUAGACCUUGACUUGUUAAUUAAAUCAUGGAAUGGAAAAAUCACCUGCAUUAUCGCCCUGCCGAUGACCAAUGUGUGAUUAAGGUUUACACAUGAGGCUUUCCACAAACAGCCCAGCCGACUGAUUUAUUUGACCUGCAUAAAAAGUCUCUGGCUGACAGUGAUGUGUUGCUUUGAUUUAGUAACACUGCAGUAAAAUAAAGGUGUUUUAGCUUUCUUAUUUUUCCCUCAGGAUGUGGAUUCAGUCCAGAGUUAAACUUGACAUUAGUUUUUGUCCCAAACUGUCCCAGAGAAUGUGAUCAAAAGUGUUGCAUAUAUUUCAUCAAAGUCAGCUGUAGAGAAACUCUGUUUCAUUUAAUGGUGCGUUUUUAUUCCUGGGUUAGAGUAAACUGACCCGCUCUGCACUCUGUUUCUGGAAACCUGAUGAUGCACUGUGCUCACAUCUCCACCCUCUCUUAAUCCCUUCUCCACCUCUCCUUUUGUCUGCAUGGUCUUCUUCCCCUCAUUAGAGUCCUAUCUUUAAUCGUGUGGAGACAUGGGCGGUCCCCAGGGCCAAAUACCUAAUUAACAGUACGGCUGCUGUGGUCGAUGUGUUUCGCCUUCUCCAGCAGUGAAUGAGAUGAAAGCUUCUCUGAGAGUUUGUUCAGAUUUGUGUUAUGUGAUUUUCAGAAACCUGCUCACGUAGGCGAUAAUGUUUUUCUGAGUUUAUUCUCAUGCAGCGCCUAAUAUCUAAUGGUUUACUGAUAUCCAUCUUUCUGUUAAAUUAAAGAAGUUUGAUUGCAGCCGAAACCGACCUGACAUCUAUGAAAAAUAUCUUGCAAGUUGCACUUUUAGUUAAACUGGGAACACUGUAAACUUUCUAAUUUGACAAUAAUCUUUGUUAUGAUGUGGUUUUUAACAAAACUGUAUCAUUUUGUGUAUCUCGGUAUCUGGUAGGGUUGACCUGAUCCAGUCUUUUAAUACUAAGCAUCUAUUAUUUUUCCCAUUUUUUCCACAGACUGUCUUUCAAAACUAUCCCACAAGUUGAACUUCUGGGAGUGAGAAAACGCACUUCCCUUAUUAUUCAUUUCACAGCUUUGCUUGCAUGUAUUAGAGUGCAGUGAUUAACUUAAAAACCAACCAGAAUAGAGCUUUAAAUUUGACUGUGGUCUUUGAAUAUUUCAUAGCAGCAGAGGCAUUUGCUUCAUCAAAACAGUGUGUUUUACGAGCCUCAGUAUCUGGUGGCGGUAUAAAACAAUGUCAAACCAAGACUUGGACAAACUGAAGGACCUCUAGUGGUUUGAAUCGUCUCCCAGUUGGACUCAUUCCAUCACAGCCUGGUUCACCGGUCUGCUGAAGUCCACGUCAGUCCUCUUUUGGAUGCAGGGCAUGCACAGAGAGUGAUGGCAUUAUUUAUUCAUCAAUACAUGUGUGUUCAGGAUUUUUUUUUUCUUACCAUUAGUAUGUGUGUGCGUGUGUGUCUGCAUGUGUCUGUAUGUUUAAUUUAUGUCGCUUGAUGGUGACCCAAAGACCCAGAGGGACGGGAGCAGUGUCCAGAGCUGACAGAGACGGUCACAUUAGAGAUGGAUGGAGGCUUCUGUUGGCAGCAGAUAAGCCCUCAGUUAUACAGGCUUUAUGUUGGUUCAUGAAACCUCAAAGUAAACAUACACAGGCUGAGAAAUAAGCACAACAUUGACUCUAAAUCUGCCAGUGGUUAAACUAUAUAACUCUUUUUAAAUUCCAACAUCCGAAAUGAGUUCUACUAGUCGGACUGAUAAGGAUGCUUGUGUCCCACACGCUUGCUUUGAUGCACUGUCAACAGCAAACUGCAAAAGCAGCCGAUAAACAAAGAAAGAUGUUUGAUGGAAAUUAGCUGAACAGUCUUAUUCUCCAUCCUUCAUUUCAAUGUUUGACAUUUCCUACACCGCCUGUGUGAGCGUAAAUUAAAAAUCCAUUCCUUUUAAAUCAAAAAAUAUCCCUGCAAACAUUCACAAACUCCUCUAUAACACCAGGAUGCUGUAGGGUUGGGAGGUGUAUUUGAUUGUAUGCACAUGUUCUUGAAUUCAGUGUAUGCACAAUAGGGAUUUCCUCUCCCAAUACUGCUGCUGCAAACACUAUGGAAUGUGUUUGGAAUAAAUUGUGACAGACAACAUUAUUGAUUAAAUCCUGUCUUUUUUAGUUUGUGCUGCUCCAACAUGUCAGAGCAGGGCUUCACAGAUGAGCCACAGAGCACUGGCUCCUCCUCGCUUUAAAGUCAGUGUCAGUCUUUACAGUGAAAGUAAACUCUUGUUUCCUCAAGUUUAAUGCCAGCUUGUUACAUUGCUGCAGGGAUUUACGAUUAGUCUACUUCAUCAAUUAUGUAUUUCAGCCGAUGACUUUGUUAUCCUAUGUUCGAGAUGACAAACCUACUUACCCAGAUACGGUGAUGUGAAAGGAAACCAAGACCAGCGACAGAUGGAAAGUGACAAGUGAAAAUGGGUGAUCUCUUUUCAUCUUGCAGCACUAGGAUUUUAUACAGUUAUUGCAAAACACACAAAAGGUAAUAGUGCAAAAAAGUGAUAUAAAUUUAAGGUUAUAUUGCCCACCCCUAUCACACAGCUUUGUGUGGCUCACUGCCAGCUGGGACACUCCCAACAGAAAAUGAUGCAACACAGAGACAGAGAAAAGUGAACUUCCUCAGUGCCUGAUUCUCCUUCAGUGAAUAUCAAUGAAAAGAUAUGCAGUGGAUCUUAUAAAUAUACAAAUUAAAUAAACAUCAGAAGCUGAAAUCAGAGAUUAUCUGUCUUUCUAUCUUUGCUUGAAAAUGUGCUCCAUUUUGGUUGAUGAUAACUUGAUUAACCAAACUCGGUGACAGUUUUCUGUCACCUCCAUCUUAUUGAGCAAUCACUGAGAUGCUCACUCUUUGCCAAAGUGCACUCAUCUUGUAAUUUGUUUUAAUUAUGGUUUCACAUCAUUGUCACUUUGCAUAAUGUUGUUCAUAACAUUGCAUAAUACAGUCAUUUACAUGCUGCUUAAUGUUGGCAUUCCUGCUCAAGGUCAUUUGACCCUAAGGGAAAUCUGAAGCUGAAUAGAGACAUGUAUCAUAAUCAGUGGCAUUCAUUAUUUCUUGAUAAAUGACAAGUCAAAUCAUUGUUUCCAUCCAUUCUUGUUUUUAUUUAUCUAUUUUAAUUGUGUUGCUUUAUGAAGAUGUUUGCAAGUGAUUAAUGACACUGAAGGGAGGCUCUCUUUCAACCUGACAAACCAAUACUCCCAGUUUGUUUGUCACCUGGCUGGUGAUGCCUCCCAUGCUAUUGUCUUCAACCCCCCUUCCCUCCAAACUGCCCCCCAACCAUGUUCACCUUCGUUUCAGCCCCUCCCCCUCACUGCCUGUUUGUUCAGUGAAUCAGUCAUUGUGUAUUUGCUAUCGUAAGGGUUUGUAUGUAUCUCCUGGACAUUUAUGGCUCAUUUUAUUCCAACUCCAAUCCAGUACCACCGUGCUCAUACCACCCCUAGUCUUUCAUCAUACAUGUCACCACCAUAGAAGUGAAUUACCCUAUAUAACAUGGAUGUUAUAUGGAGUGUUGGUAUUUUGUUCUGCGUCAUUAAGAUGAAAUAUAGUCAGAGAAUCAAAAUAAUCUGUCUUUGGAUAGCUGUUGGUACUUGUUGUUGUCAAGCAUUGUGUGUGCAUGUAUUGUGCAUCAUUGUGUAUUGAUUUCAAUUAGUCCUGAUGAUGAGAAAAGCAAAUUAUUGAUCCUUUGUGUUUGGAGUAGGAGUGAUAUUUUGAUUAUGUUACACUGUACAUUGAAAACGUCUUCUCUGAUUACUUGAUUCUUUAUUAAACUCACUCCAAGUCUCAUCUAAAGCUCUUUGUAAGUGCAUGGAAGGGUCUCAUCUACCAUUGAAAACUAAUGUUUUUGCCACACUGUCAACAGGAAGGGCUGAUUUUAUAAACUGAAAAAAAUGUGUCAGGCUCCUUUCCGUACAUGGGUUUGAUAUGACAUAUGUAAUAUAGUUGUCCCUGGCAUUGCUCUUGCAGAUUUAAUUACCAGUGUUAUGGGGUUUGUCCAAUCAGAAUGAAGUAUUCCACACAGCUGGGUGAUAAUUGAUGUUAAAUGAUGUGAGGAGAAUCUCUGAGUUACUGCAGUUUCUGUGGCUGAUCCGGUCAUGAACACAUCUGUGUUGGUUUGGUGCAGAGUUGUCUGCGAUGCAAUACAUGUGCAAUGUAUGAUCAGAGUAAGUUUGCUAAAGACUAUUUGGUUUUCCAUUUGAAAUCUGUUUGUUAUCAGGAAAUGGUGUGGGCUCUUGAUAAUGGUAAUUGUAAUCUCUCUCUCUCUGUUAGAUUGAGAGGGGGAUUACUGUGUCCAGGCUGGACCAUCGCAUGGAAGCACCAGGGCACUUUGCUGGUCUUAUUCCCUAGUGUGAUCUCUGCUUGCCCUCUGACUCUUUCCCUAACUCUCUUUGUGCCUAAAACUGUUAAGCUUUGGUUUCACAGUGACAGCAUGGCAGGCUCAGCCAAAGAGCUCAGAUUGCUCCCUUGGAUAUAAACUCCACCACAGUGACGUCCAGGAGCUGGAGGACAUCUGUGGCUAUCAAACUGUUUGGCUGACCCUGCAGAAAAGAGCAGAAAAUAUGUUGAUUAAUUACUUAAAUGGAGUUGGACAGUCAGGGGUUGACUCCUGUAGCCCAACUGUGAUGGAUGAAGAGCGAAGGCAACACAUGGCUCAGGAGAAAACGCUCACAUAUGUGGAGAUUAAUGAGACCAGUGGAUUGGUCCAAGGCCUCCGACUGACGCAAUCUAAUGCCAGUUAAAUGCCUUCCCAUACUCUCUGCAUCCUCUCAUCCGCACAAAUCCAAAACACUGGUCCUUUAUGGACUUCCAAAGUGAUUGACAGUCUGUGCUGCCAGUUGGUGGCGGGGUUUCGCCAUUAUUGAGAUCACCCACCAUAUCUAAGCCCUAUUAAUCUCCUCACUUCUAACUUAUAACUCUUGGACGUCACAUGGGGUGCUUGAAAACUGGAUGGAAGCUGAUGUUUUUGUUACUUUUAAAGUCCUUUUGCAAUUUAUAAGAGAGGACAUUUGAAAGCUCAAAUGAAGGGGGGCUUCAGUGGGCAUAAAACAAAGGCAACUUCUCAGAAUUUUUCUUAUUGGUAGCAUUGGACCCUCUACUAUAAACUAGAUGAGCUAGCAAAGACCUGAAAAAAACCCUUAACAGAUUUUGAUAUGUCAACAUUUUAGCUCUAUAGGACAGAGAAAAACAGUCGUAAUUUGAGAACAUUUUCCAUAUAAAAAGGAAAACCAGCAUUGGAAGAAAAAUUGGAGCACUUUCUCUGCUCUUGUGUGAUCAGUGAUGCAAGUUAUUGCCGUGUUUCAAGGAGGAGACUCACUGCAUGUGACCACAACGCCUAAGCUUACCUAGUAAAUGAAAAACAGUGAGCCUAAAUGGUUACUUUUUGGCAUUAAUUGAUGAGUCUUUGGAGCUGAAAUGGUGCCACCAGCCUUCUUUGAAGUAGAUGUUCCUAGAUGACUAAUUUUGUCACCAUUUAAAUAGGAAUUUGCAGUAUUUUCUGACUAACUGAUUAAUGUAAGGGUAAAAAAAACACUCAGAAAACGAUAAAAACUGCAUAAUUUACUCACUGGGUAUUAAAAACUGCCAGUAAAUGAUGUCAAAAUGUGAAAUUACCAUGAAACUUAUUCUUUUUUUAUUUAUUCCUGCCAAGGCAAUUUCUCAAUUCGACAAUAUUAUGUCACAUCACAACAUUUCUUAUCCACAGGUUGGAAGGGAGCAGGGAGAAGACACUUUUUACAUUAAACAACAUCAAAGACAAUAAAAGGCCAAUUUAGGACAAAGUUUUGUGACCAUCAUACACUGAAGGGUUAAGUUGAAAAAGUUUGCUUCAUCUUCAACAACAAUAUCGCUCUGGUAUUGGAAAAUUGUUAGCAACAGUGGAAACACUUGAUCAUGCUUUUGGUGUCAGAAAAAGACAUGAGAAGUCAGUCCAGUUACUCGGGUGCCAUGUGCUGCAGUGUUGCAGAUAGAUGGGAAGCAGAGAAGUGGGUUAAGAGAGCAGUGGGCAGCAGGUUGUUUGGCCCUCUGGCUCUGACAUGAUGAGAAAAUGAUGUUUUCCUCAGAGCAUUGUUGUGAUUUGGGUCAUGGUCCGUAAUGAGACCUCAGUGUACCAAUGAUGAUGUGCAACAGAAGUGUGGUCAGGAGCCAAAAUAAUGAUUGUUUCACCACAAAGAACCAAAAGUGCAUUUGAAUGAGAAUAAACACGUGUUGUGCUGAAAGGCUUGUGAUAAAUAGGGCUCAAGAGACGGUAAUUAUUCCAGUUUAUCAUCUGCUCAGGUGUUUGUGUGUCAUUAUUUGGUUUUAUAAACUAAAAAGAUUUGCGACCUGAGGUGAUCAUUAACUGAGAUGCUCAUUUUAACCAGAAAUAAUCAGGCUGUAAUGCCAGUGAAGUGACAUUUAUUUGGUUUAACAUCCAUGAAUAACCUGUAACUUCCAAAAAGUUUUUGAAACGCUGCAGUAAAAUUUCAAAGAACAGGGUUUAAUGGCUGCUCUGCACCAGCUGUGAACUGGAAUGAUCCACGGGAGCGCUCCCAUAACUAGGAAACAAAGAUAAAACAGGGCCCAGGUUUAAAAACAGUGGGAAACUCCUUGAGUAGGUCAAUAAUGUGCAACCCCAACUCCAGGAACGUUUGGAAACUUUGUAAAACAUGAAUAGAACAGAUUUUGAUGGUUUGCAAACCAUUAAAACUCUGGGCAGGGCCUCUAGGCAGCACUGCAUUAAAAACAGACAGGACUCUGUAGUGGGAAUCCCUGCAAGAGCCCGAAAUACCAGAGACUCAGAAAAGGUGGAAUCUAUUUUGUGGUCUAAAAGAUCAAAAUGUGACCAGCCUCCCUGAUGGUAUUAGGACCAUAAGUGUCCAUGGCAUGGGUAGCUUCCACACCUGGGACGACUCCUUUAAGGCUGAACAAUAUAUAAAGGUUUAAAAGCGACAUAUGCUGCCAUCCAGACAAUGACUUUUUCAAAAUAAUGACAAACUACAUUCACAAAAGCAUGGCUCUGUAGUAGAAGAGUAAUGCGGCUCAACUACAACCCAGACUUGUCACCCAUUGAAAACUAUUACAGCAGUUUACACAGUGUCCAAACUUUUCUGGAAUGAGGGUUUCAUAAAAGUUUAAAUCGAGGACCUAAAAUUGGGUAAAUACUCCAAAACAAUUGGCUGGGCUCUGAGUUGUCAGUUGCUAUUUAUGUAAAAUGCUUACUGUUAAUGUGAUAAACCGGAAAAGAGAGGCUGUGACCCUAAACACUAAGUAGAUAAUGCCACAACCUUUUUCUCAAAUGUUUGUUGAUUCAUCUCCAGUCUCUACCUCCUGUGAACGAGGUAAUAGGCCAAUCUUAGUGUUUGUAUCCAUGAUUGCUUUGGUCACCUUUGCAGCUUCUCAUCGCAGCCUCGCUGUUUAUUGUGUUUCACUGAAGUGUGUGAUUGCAGCCAAACAGGUGGCUGCUGCAGGGAGUGUCGUCUUGCACAUAGGAGGAGGAGCGGCAGGUUUUUCUUUCCUGUCAGAAGUGAAAUGCUCACUGUUGAUAAGUGAGCUGCAGUGGAGGGGUAAAACCCAUCAGCCUGCUAGAGAGGAGUGGGUGAGGAAGAGGGGGGAGUCCAGCCAGAAUUGAUUCACGCCACUUUUCCUCUGACAGUUUGUUUUUGUUUAUUGAGACAUUUAUUAAAGUGAGCAUGAAACGUAAGCAGUUUUCUGUGGCCAGGAGAGCAAAACUGCAGACAAAAUGUGCAUGUCUGUUUUGUGAGUAAAAGUGGGAUGAAAUUGCUGGAACAGCCCGAACAAAGUAUUGAAUGAAUAAAUGCAUCGGAACAAAUUGUCAUUCAAUCUGUCUGUGCCAUGAAAUCCUGGCUGUAUUCAUCCUGUGCUCUCCUGGUGUCUGGCUCUUUUAUUUUCAACCCUGCUGCAGUUCAGAUUUGACCAUAGAUAGCACUGUUGAUCUAAUGUGUAUAUACAAUCAUGUGCACAGGAUUUGAUGAUUGAUGAUGCAAGUUUUUUUUCAUAUUUAAAAGUAAAGUUUACAGGAAUCCCUAUGCAGAUAUAUUUUUGUUUCCCAGGAGAAGAGCUGUGAAUUUGUUCAAUCAUGUCCCACAUCAGGAAGUCUAGAGUGCAAAAAGCAUUGCAUCUGCAUCCCAGCAGUAUGUAUGACACCAAUCAUGUGAAGCUCUAAGCUACCCAGUGUGCUACCUCAGUGUGUUAACAGAGGCAAGUGUGUUAAUGUAAAAUCAGUGACUCAAAUUUCGCAGACAAAAAGAAGGAAAAGACGACACCCUGACACAUUUAUAAGAACCGAUGAGGUUUUAUUUUAGGGCUUUUUACUAUAAAGUGGACAGAACUCCUUGUAAAGGAGGAGAUUAUAGAUCUACAAGUGUUUUUAUGGGCCGUCUACCUAAAGGCCAACUACUUAGGAGUAUCUUAACAGAAAAGUUUGACAGCAGAUUGAAAAAAAUAGCUUUAUUGACAACCUCUUCCACUCUCCAAUUUCACAACAACGCUGGAGUUCCAACAUCAUUGCUCUGCAUCCUGUAAAUGUGUAAUAUUAAUGUCCCAGUGUGUGAUUAUGCUUUAGAUUAUGUCCUUUGCAGAAGUGGAAGAAGCUCGGCUUGUAAACACACUAGGAGAAGGAGCAUUGGGGCAAAGUGACUCUAACCUGCCUUUGCGCUUCUGUGCAGUGUACAUGUCAGAGCAGGUGUUACAAUAUCCCACCUUGUAAAGUUAAAAACAAGAAAUCUUGUGAAGCUGGGUCAAUGAAGAUGCAUGACCAAAGUUUACAAUUUGAAAGUAGAAAAAGUAGAACCCCAAAAAGAACUCGGCUGCAUGCAAACUGCCAGUCAAAAAUGAUGUUUACCUCUAUAAUUCUGGCCACAGUAGCCCCAGUGUUAGUGUUCUAGCUGCUGCAGAUGUAGCUUUCCCACAAGAGAAGAAGGCUCUACGGUUGUAUUUCUUCAGAGGUGUUGUCUUCUUGCACGGGUCUUUUUGUUGAGAUACGGUCCAGCAGUCUGGUAUCCUCAGGCCUUUGUUUGGUGUGGGGUUUUAUGGAGGGCUGGGAGCUGUCGAGGGUGCAGUCUUGAUUCAUUAGAGGCAGAGAAACUGUUCAUCAGCUGUGUGUCCACAUAAAGAACAGCCUCAGCGCCUUUUAAGCCUCAGGGGUAACACCGUCUCUGAAACACUGGACUAAAUUCUGCUCUGUGCGUUCAGAUCUGUCUGAGUUUGAGCUUAUUUGUCUCUAAAUGCUCAGAAAAAGACUGUUAAGGCUUGUCGACAGAUAAAGUUGUUUUCUAAUCUUAACUGAGGGGGUAACGACUUUUUCAAUAUGCAGAGGAAACACUGAAGGUAAAAUAAAGAGCCUCUGCAAAUCUUAACCAAAUCAAACUAAGUAGUAAACAACAUUAACAAAAAAACUCUAUCAAGCCCUCUAAUCCACCGUAAUGAAAAGAGUGACAGAGAAUAGGGUUGUAGCAGCACACCAGUAUUGACAAUAACUGUAAAUGAAGGAAAUGGUAAAAUUGUACUAAUGCUAAGCACACUGUAAUGCAGUGUAAUUUACCUGUUCAUAAAAAGGGGGGACAACAAAGAUACAGCAGCUGAAAAAGUCAGUGAUGAGCUAGCUAGUUUGCUAGCUCGUUGAAGAGUAUAUAAUUAGGGCCUGAUCGAUAUGGAUUUUUCAGAGCCGAUGCUGAUUAUUAGGGGUGAAAAAAUCUGAUGUGAAGUUAUAAAAAUAUAUAUAUAUACUGUAGAUUACUGUAGGCUACUGCUCUUCACGCCGACAGGAAGACCAACUGAUCAAACUCGGACCAGAAAAGUGUUUUUCUACUGAACUGAAACUUGUUGACUUAUUGUGUAUUCCACAAGCUGGGUUAUUUACCGUUGAGGCGGACCACUCUCUUCCGUGCGUCCCUGAGCUGCCUGCUUUAGAUCCGUCACUCUGCUGUGCUGCUAUAAAAGACUCGUUGAAUACUUUGAUGUGUCUUCCAUCCAGGCUGAUGUCUGCCUUUAGUUUACAAAGUGAUCUUCGGACAGAAAGCAGAGGUGGUGAGAACGGACCGGUUGUGCUGAAACAUUCAGGGCUAAAUUCUGCUGACAGUCCGCCAGCUGCCAUUAAUUUCACUUUCUUCUUCAGACACAUCUCUCUUCGUAAUGGUUCAUUCAUUACCUCCAAUAGAUGUUCAGGAUUUAUGUCUUGGCUUGCCUUGAGCUUUGGCUGCACUUUGCCAAGAGGACAGCUGGUAAUUCUUUAAUACAGAGACACACAGGCAUCAUCAUUAUUCAGCAGAAUUAAAGUCUAUUUAUUUCUCCCCUCUCACCCCCACUGACACCGGAACCAGCCAUGUGUACAUCUGGAAGUUAAAGCUGACCCAGCUGUUUGUAUGAAAUGAUCCCCUUGUUUCCUUACACAUAAGCUAAACUAAAGGAAACACUCUGCAGGGAGCAUCCAGAUACCGUUAAUUACCAUUUUGCAACACCACUAGCUCAUUAAUUUGCCGCAUUAAAAGAAAGGAGUCCCUUGAUAUGUCUUCUUCCAGAUAAUCAAUUCACAUUAAUGCUCAGCCAAUGUUUAUGUCAUUAGAAUUUUAGUGUGAUACCGCAGCAAGUUUCUUGAAUAUUUUAAUUCAGCAAUCAGUUUGACCCCUAAAAUAUAAUCACUGAGGAACAAAAUAAAAAAUAAAAAAAAAACAAAAACAAAUAAGUAACAUAUUUAUGAUGUGUCCAGUCAUAAAGGCUCAUUUUCUAUGGACUGGGGGGUGGAAGGAUAGAGAGACUGGCAACAUGCAGCAAUGAGCUGCAGGUUGAAUGUAAACCCAGACCACUGGCUUCAAGAGCUUUGGACAUGAGGCAUCAAAGUUAACCACUUUCCUCAGUAGGGCUGUAAAGUCCUAGUUGUCUGGUCGACUUAUUGGUCGAUAUGUGUUGAGUCGACCAAAGUUCUGUUCGGUCGACUCGAUUUUUUUCCCGCGUCAGUUUACAGUCUACAGUUAAUUUUAUCAGGAAGAACGUACCAAGUGUUAAUGGGGAAGUUUUCAGAGCACCCCCGUUUCACAGGUAACAGUCUGUCUCAGAACAUUCCUCUUUUUUUCACCAUUUUGGAUUCGCCCAAUCUACCGGAGAGCGGCUGGAGACAGAAGGAUUGAAAAGCGUCCAUGUCAGUCAGCGUCCAGUAGUUUACUAAAUAUUUAUUUUUGUUUUGAGCAUCUCAACCUGCCUUGUUGUGCUGAUAUCAGUAUAUUCACCCCGCAGAGCUGUGCUCCAGCCGAGUUUUAAAUGACCAAGACCAAGAACCCUAUCCUUCAGUGAUGCCCUCAUAAGUUUGCUUUUAAAGAACAAUUUCAGCAAGCUCUAGUUAAAUUGUAAAUAACAGGGUGGAUAAAUGGAUGAAGGGUGAGUGAAUGCAUGGCUAGAUGGAUGGAUUUAUGCAUAAAUGGAUGGAUGCAUUGGUAGACGUGUGUAUGGCUGGAUGGAUUCCCGAAUGCAUGGAUGAGUGCAUGUGUAGAUAGAUGCAUAGAUGAAUGGGUUGAUGGGCGCAGCAAUGGAUGCAUGGAUUUUAUGAGUGGGUUGAUGGAUAGACAUGUUGCACAACCCCUGUGUUAUAAAGGAAAAUUAGAAAUGCACAUUUUCAAACUCAGGAUCAUUGCACCGGUUAGUACUGAACAUGCAAUCAUACCACUAUCAAACUGCAAUGUGAUCUGACUCAGCCUCCUAAAGGCACAUUUAUUGAGGCAAAAUGUGAGUACAACACCGUCCCUGAUGUCGUCACACCGUGCAGAUUCACUGAUUUGCACAUCGUACUCUGCAGGCUCAAGAAAACAUCUCUAAUCCCGACCAAAAUUGCAUAAUAAUCAUUCCGAUAUGUUACAAGAGGGGAAACUCAUGUUCAUGCAAAAUUAUACCACAAUCUAUUCAGUCAUUGUGCAGCUGUAUUAAAGGGAUUAUGCCAUGCUACUAUGAUUAUUCCUUGGCUUAAAGAGGUUUUCUUCGGUCUUAAGAUAAUGAUGUGUUGACUGUGACAUCUCUAUUGCACAAUAUUAUUAACAUUGAAUCGUGUUUUUGAGGUAUUUCGCCACAAUGGUGGGAAAAUAAGCUGGUAUUUCCACACAGACACACAAGCAUGGUUUUCAAAUAGUGAUGGGGAAUUUUUCUAAUAGACUAAAAUAUCUAUCAUCGGACCAUGUUUUUUUGUCGAUGUCUUACAUGUGACUGUCAUCCUGCAUAUGAAACUCUAAGCUAAAGCCAGGCUCUGUUUUCUCUUGGUGGUGAGUGUGCAAUGUGUCUGCAGAUGGCAGGGUGAGUCGCCUAGUUGAAACCCUGCACACUGCUCUUCAAAUAAGAUGGCACACAGGUGACUGCUGCCUCUGGGAUCACACAUCACUCAAACCAUGCAGACAGACCUGAGAGUGGCAGAGGAUGAGGAGACGAGGGGAUGGGAAUAAGUCUGCAGGUGUGAGGGAGGAGUGAGGGGAUGAAAUUGGAGGUACAGUAGCUUAGCCGCUGCCUCUGAUAGCAGCUCUUGAUAAAGAAAAGCAUCAAAUGAGCAAUCAGAGGAUUCUGACUUAUGGUGGACUUCUUUAUCUGUCACCUAUCUUUGAGAGGGCUGAUGGGACUUUGACAGAACUUGGGAGGUAUGAUGCCAUGUAGAUGGUAUUUCUAAACUACAUAUCAUGGAAGUGUCACAGCUGCAAGUUCACGAGGACAAACAUGCAAGAGUGAAAAAAGCAAAAAUGUUAGCUGCAAGAGGGACAUCUUUUAAAUGCUCUAUAAUUGUUAAUGAUUGUUAAAAAAGGUUAAAAAAUUGACCUUUACUGUUUCUCAGAACCAUUUUCAAGUCUUUAAAUGUACCCUCACCUAAAGGCGAUAAUUGUCUAGCAUGCCUGAUGAACAGAUAACUUUGGAGUCCUUUUAGUGGGAAGACAACAUCACUUGCUUUCAGUACGGCUAUGUUGAGCUGGCACUGAGGCUAAAGCUUGACCCACCGUGCCUCAGUGUAAUCUUACACUCGAUAAGACAAGAAGAUUGAACAGAUAGAGAUGUCUAAAAGAUACAGACAUCUUUAUUUUAUCUACAUAUCUAGAUUGCCAUCACAUUUAUAUUCUUAUAAAACAUGAAUGGUAUUUCUUGUAUUUUUAACCUCAGUUUGUUUUACAUUCAUGGGGGUCUAAAUCAUUUAUAGGCACUUACAUGCUCCUAUUUUAGAGUGAGUGGGAUUUUACACCCCGUUGAGCUUGGUUUUAUGCUUCUGAGUCUGAGCCAGACCUAUGCCAUACUGGACUGCUUGGUCAUUGGUCAGCUUCCCCAGCGGCCCCAUAGCCUUCCUCCAACAUCCCCUCCUGUUUCUUCCAUGCAGUAGGACUUGCGGAAUAAAUAGUUUUUUUUAACAACUUGUGCAACAUCUUAACUUUUAAUGGAAAUAGUUGAAUCAUAGUAGCCAUUGCAGCCUCUUUUGCCAUUAAUUACAACAUUUUUCUACCCAUUAGUCAGAUCUUCAAAUGUGCAAAAGUAGGGUUAAAAAUACCAGAAAUCUCUCUAAAAAUAUGGAAUGCUUGAAAUUUCUGUUGAAUACAAACGUCUGUGAUUAUUAUGAUGCCAGUCAGGUAGUUUCCCCUGAGUCAGAGACCUCAUUAUUAAACUGUCUGAAGGUUUGUGAAGCACAAAAAUCCGACCUCAAGGAUUUCCACAUUUUAGACACACAUUUCUCAGAGAAAGGGGAAAAUCAGGUUUGAGUGAGCAGAUGUUCAUCAUGCUCCUCCUGUGUAAAUCAUUUUUACUGACUGACGAGCUCUGACAUUUACAACAUCAUUCAUGUUGGCUGACAUCUUAAUGUUAUUGCCUCAGUUUGUGGUUAUUGGAUGGUAAAAGGAGUCUCUCGCUUAAAGCUUAAUUUUACAAGACAGGGUUUGAUUCCUGUCGUCCUUUUCUGUCACAUAUGUAAUGGUUUUUUAUGGACCAUUAACAAAUGCUUUUAUCUGUGCUCCCUCCUGCAGAGCAUCUUCACCGUCCUGUUGGGGCCUUUCACCUUCUUCAACGCCCAGAAGACCAAAUAUCUCCAGAUUCUCACCUCACUUAUGCGCUGGCUGGGUAAGAAUAAACUGAUGUCCAUUGAUUCAGUGGUUUUUAGUAGUGGUGGGAAUCACCACAACAUCGUAUCACCAUUUAAUAUAUUGUGAUUUCUACAAUUUUUCAACUGUUUAGCUAAUUUAAGAUUUAUUUAUGUUUGUCUUAUUUACGCUAUUUUAUUUAAUCAUGUAGCACAUCUUGCAAACCUUAUAUAUUUGUUGCACCAACUUUCUCCUGCUCUAUGGUGUCACCUCUGCCAACCUCACUGGACUAACAGUUGAUUUUAUUUUUCCAUUAUCCCAGAUUCCACUUAAUAUGUAAAUUAUUUUUAAAAUUUGACACCUGGUAAAUGAGAUGAUACGAUAUAUCACCAGACAAAAUACUACAAUACUGUGCUGUAUCGAUUUUUUCCUCCCACCCCUAGUUUUUAGUGUAAAAUAGGCAACAUAAUUAGAGUUCUUGCGGGUCCUUCAAAAGUCUUAAUUUUUAUUUUAUAAAUUCAAGUCCUUAAAAGUCUUUUUUUUUCACUUGUGAGGGGUCUUUCAAUGGCACCUCUAAAGACUUAAUCAUAUAUUCACUCUGCAUUUAAAAGAAAAUACAGCUCUGUUUAGUUGUUAGUUUUUCUUUGCUCGAAUUAAACCCAUCUUGAUUAUCUACAUUUUUCAUUUUUUUACCACACAAAAACUUGACUUCGCUCAUUAUGCUUUGUGCCUGAGAGGAAAACAUCUGAAUCAAACCUCUUGUGAUACAGUUUGCAGCAGGGUCGCUUAUGUCUCUAACAGUAACUAGCAAUGCAUUGUGGCUUAUGUUAAGUCGAGUGCAUGCAUCGGUUUACAGCUGCGUUGACAUUAUGUUUGCACAGCUGGGCAUGCAGACAGCAGAGGAACAGGAGACUUAAGUUGAAGGUGAACCAAAUGCGGUUAAAAAAAAUCAGUUUUAUUACACCAUUCAUUUUCUGUUGUAAAGAAAUGCCUGUCACAUUGCAUUUACCUGUCUGAGAAGUAAUGUUUAUAUUUUUUAGGUCUUAAAAAGUAUCAAAAACUCUUGAAAAACUAAACUCUUAAACACAAACUCAACCUUACGAGAUGAAAAUAAAUACGAGAUUGAAAUGUUAAGUCUUAUUGCACCCUCAAAAUAUUUAAAGGAGCUGCAUUUAAUUGCAGCAUAAAUAGUCAGUACUUCCUCCUGUUGUUACUUCAACACUGCACUGAACAUUUUACUAUAUUUCUCUUGGAUUUUUCUCUGGAUGUCAUCACUCUCCCUGUUUUCAGUUCUGUGUAGUUUCCUCUAGCCUUCUCUUUCUGCCUCUUCUUUUUUUUACAGACACACAUUUCCAUUUACUCUGUGUCUCCCCACAUUUCUUUCAUCCCUCCCUCCUCCUCUCCCUCGCCUGUGCGGCUCCGCUCAGGUCCGUCCAUCAUGGUUCGGUCCUGCUCUGUGUCUUUGAUUCCCAUCUCCUCUCAUUCCUCAGCCUGACAGGCCUGACAGCCCGUCCCAAGCUUGAUUGGACCGUCACUCACAGGGCGACGGGCGAAAAUAAACCGCCCGUCCUGUGCCCGCUGUUAAAAUCACAACACCACUGAAUCAUGGCGCUCCAGCCAUCCCCCGCACAGCCGCGCGCUAACCCGCAUAAAAAAAACACACACACACACACAAACACCGUCCACCCAAAAACACAAGAGAGUUUCAGCUGCACCUUUCACUCUUCUUUAUCUCCUCUCUCUCCUCACAUGUUCUCUGUUUGAUCACUGCUGUCGUGUUUGCAGGGCUCUCUACAACACUGGCUAAUGAUUUAAAAUGACUCCAGUGGAGGCUCCAUGUUUUCUAUGUGUAGACACCUCGAGAGCCAACAGAUCCAAAUAGGUUUUCUUCUAAACCAGGAAAAUUGUCAGAAUAAAUGCCAAUUUUAAUGAAAGCAGGAAAUAAAAACAUUGGAGUCUAAUGCUGUAAGUCAGUGUUUAAACUGAUAGAUGUCGGUUUAGUUUGGAUCUGAUGACCACUGACAGUAACCAACACAAGAAGUAUCUUGAGAGAUGGCUUAAAAGGUUGAUAUGCAAGUGUAUUGAAAACAGCAGUCAUACAUUAAAGGGAUAUUCUGGCUUAAAAUUAAGGUAGACUGCAGCGGGGUGACACAGCUCAAGGAAGAAUAUUUAUGAUCAUUUCUUUAUCAUUUCCUUGAAGUAAUAGUUACCAUAAUAAUCACUUUGCACUGCAGACGCGGUAGUUCUUCUGCCUUAGUGUCUCGGUCUGAUUGCAUUUCCAUGAAGAAAUGAUCAUAAAUGUUCUUCCUUGAGCUGCGUCACCCCAUUGCAGUCGGUGAUGGACACGUCCGAGCUCUACCUACAAACAAGCGGCUGCUGGAAGAGAGUAGGUGAGUUGUGUUUAGUCUCUUUGCUAAAGAAAUUAGGCAAAGUUAAAAAGAUGUUUGGUGGCUAGUACUAUGGCUGGGACCCUGUAUGUACUGCUGAUGAAGUUAGGUGCUGUUCUGAAUAUUUUUUCUGGCUAUAGAGUGGCGUUUUGUUUGAGGUGUGCGCGUGGAUCCAUAGACCACUGUGUCGUUACUAAAGUUGGUAUAAAUAGAGAAGCAAGCGGUCUGCAACAUUCAUCUCUUGAUGGGGUGUCUAACUCAGUGUUUAAGUGUGUUUGACCCUAACUUUAUUUUAUGCCAGAAUAUCCCUUUAAACUGGAGCUAGUUUGGGUGAGUUUAAUUAAGGGUCAAGAUUUUAAAAAUAUAAGCGUAAAUCAAGAACGAAUCAGCUGUGAGGGUUCAGUAAAAACUAGUGAGUGGAUCAUGUGGAAAGUAUACCCAGAACACAUUAGCACCAUAAUAAAAUAGCUGAAUUGACUGUUAUUACACAGCAACACAAAACCACCAACACAGCACAAACUUUUCCAACUUUAUCUCAGGGCAUUUUUCUGUCCUGUUUGUCCAUGGACAGUAAAAUAUAGAAUAGAAAUUACUCCAGUGCUCAGAUGGAGCCCAGUUUGAUGGGUCCUCUCACAUUAAGACCUUCAUCCAGUUCAGAAAUGUGCCGUUUUUAUGCAGAUGUGUAGCUCUAUCUAGAUCAUUCUAAUCCAGAAAAGACUGAACAGUGGACUAAGUACUUCCCAUGAGAAUUUUGGCAGUUUGGCACCAAGAGUGAAAGCUUUUUUUUUAACAGGAGCUGCAGCAGAUUUUUCUGUAAAUAAUUUAGCUUUUUUAAAAUUACGCUACAUGUAGACACCUUAGUUUGGUUAUUUUAACAUCCUUGGGUUUCAGGGUCUGCAGACAUGAGACCUCCCUUCCUCUCCCGACCAUCACUCACCUCUCUCUGGCUGCACCUGCACUCACCUGUGCCACCCUGCGAGGUUACGGGGUGUGUUUAAUGUCAGGGUUCACAGCUGGCUGCUGUGUCAGGGCCCUGCCUCCCGCCCUCGGCUCUGGCCUUGUCAGCAUCGUUGCCACUCAGCUGUAGUAACCUUCCCGUCCACUGAGUCCUGCUUUUUCUUUUUUUGUAUCAAACAUGAGUGAUGGUGUGACUUCCUGUGAAAGUGACAUGCUGUGAUUUUUCAGGGGAGUAGCCAUUAGCCCAGGACAGUGUGACACCUUUUUCCACCUAGAGAGGACUGCAGAGAUUUAAUCGCUUUUUCCCUCCUGCCAUGUUACUUAAUUGUUCAUUAAUUUAAUAGAAAGAGGAGCAAAGGGCAGAGUUUGGGCUCAGGCCAUCUGUGCACAUUAUGGUUGGUCAUUCCAAGUACAUCGUAAGUGCUUCAUUUUUGCCAAAGAGCAUGAUGCUCUCAGCUAUCCGACCAUUUUCAGCAGGAGUCUGUGCAAUGGCCUGAUCCUGUCACUUUCUAGAUCUAAGGUUGUGGUCAGCAGCUGUUUAAGAAAAGUAAGAAGUCUUGCUUUUAUUUUCCCAAAUAUUACAAACUUGACCUUUAAUGUGCAAAGUUUUCCCAACAGGUUUCCUCCAAAUGUUCUUCUCCUUUCCUAAAACACUGUCUGUGUCUAACAUGUAUAUUUUAGACCAUGAGAGACUCAAAAACCAUCCACCCCUAAGAGUCAGCAUCCAUUUCUUUUGUAAAGUUCAAGAGCUCGUUAACCUUUAUUCUUUUCUCUUCGUCUCUCUGUAAUAACCAGCUGAGAUCUGAAAGAGUUCAGCUGUGAAUGGAGUCUCAUACAGCAUGCAUGAACGCCGCCUGCAGUACAUCAUGUUAACCUUUUUCAAACAACUUUACCUGCGAGUGACAUUUAGGAAUAUAAAUGUAACCAUAAGAUUCUGCUUCUGGAUGUUAUCUCCAACUAAGUUGCACAAAAAUAUUAGCGGUCUGUUUUAGCAUUUCGUAGAUUUACUGAGAGUGCUGGUAGUUGGAGUUCUAGUAUUUUAUUAACCCCUAAUAAAGGAUGAAACUGCAAAAUGAUCAUCUUCACAGUGAGAAACACACUUAGAGCCUCUCUAAUUGAUACAGAGUGUGAUGAGGGGAGAGGGUUUGUUAACCGCCUCCUCAAUCUGCAAACCAGUAUCAAUCAAUUCUGUCCGUCUCUCCUGGGAUGGACGGAUGGAAAGCUGCCUGGAGCCUCAGGGGAGUUACUGUCUUUAUUAACUGUGCAAGCAGUGACAUAUGGAUUGUGGGUUUCCCAAGAGCAACUGUUGCUUUGAUUUCAGAGCAAGACUAAAGACGCACAGUGGUCCUUCAUCAAAGAGAGUCCUGAGUGCAGGUUUUAGUUUCCGAAACAUCUUAACAAAAAGAAAAAUGCAGUUUGAAAGUUAAGUGAGGUUGAGUUGUCUUACAAAUUCACUUUGCAAAGUUUAGUGGAUGAGAUGCAAGUAAGGCUUUUAUUUAUAUGCAGUAAACCUUCAGUACUGUCGGGACUUGGUUGAUUGCUGCUUGGUCGUGUUAUUGUGUUCCCAUACUGAACCCAAGUAUUCAUAGACGGAUUCCCACUGCUAUAAAAAACAUAACAUAUAACUUGAAUUCUCUCUCUCUCCCUCCCUAUCUCUCUGUAUUCCUCCUCAACCCAGGUUUCUGCCCGUUAAAAGGAAGUUUUUCCUUGCCAUUGCCACUCGUGUUAGAUGAGAUGGGUCAAAUCUGUCCCAUCUUAAGGUUGGGUCUUGAUAACUCAUCAAACAAUGAGCGUGGUCUAGACCUCUUUUUCUUUGGAAAGUGUUUUGGGAUAAUGACUGUUGUGAAUUGGCACUGUAUAAGUAAAAUUUGAUUUGAUUUGAUUUGAAUUUAGAUCUCAACAUUUAACAUAUCGAGUGCUGCAUAUAAAAAACAUGAUACUGUACAUGAAAACACAACAGAAGAUUGUUCAUGCCCCUGUGUUGAAGCCAUCAUAAAUGGUUUUAACCUCUGUUUCAAGGAUUCAGUUUUUGUUUUCCAUAUUAAAGUCUAAAAAUAAAAGCCCCUUACCCCGCUGAGGUUUAAGUUUGUGUGAAGUUGAAGCUGGUUUAGUGACUGAAUUUUCUGUCAGAAGAUCUUCUCUUUUGAUUAGUCUUAUUUGUGCAGAAAUCACUAAACAAGUUGUGUUUAAUUAAAACUUAUAAAAAAUACAGAAAGGUAUGGUUAUUUCCCGAAGGGCAGUUCUGAUCUUUUGGAAAUGUUUCUACAAAAAUCAAUCAUAAAAUGAAAUUCUACAUUAAAAUCUGCUGAAAGUAAUCUUGCCAAAUAUGAUUAUCUGAAUGUAGUCACCCUGCAUCGUUUUCCUCUGGACAGAAACGAUAAUAAGCCCAAGCUUCACUGAUCCAUUGGUCUCACCAUCCAUCUUCUGCCUUUAGUUUACUUCAACAUGGUGUAUGGAGCACAGGAAACACCCGCAGGGGUUUUCACAGCUGCCCUGUGCAGUUGUAAAUGGCUGAGGGAUGGAGAUAUCGUUUUUGAAGGUCAGGGGGACUCUGGUGGCUGCUUGAGUGGAAAGUUAGGCUUGUCAUGGACAGGCGGCGCACAGGGGAACCGCUGAAACAUGAGCGGUUUUUAAUGAAGCGUACAGCAAGCCCACAGUUCAGAGGUCCAGAAAAAUUACAUUUAAGGCUAGAUUAGAAAAAAUCACUCUAUUCCUGUCUGUUUAUCACAAUCUUGUUGUCAGACAAGGACUGAAAUAUUAGCCUUUUUCUUUUUUUUUUUUUUUUUUGAGUGCAGCUAAAUACCAACAUGAUCACAGCCACCUUAAAGGUUCUCAGAGCUCCUGGUCUCAUCUCUGCUCAGUAUUGAUGUUUGUUUGGGUAAUCAGAGGUUGAACUUCCUGCUGAGAUGAGUUUCUGGGUGAUUAGGGGAAUGUUUUUCGGAUGUCUGCUUUGGUUGGGGGACGUGAUCAAUUAGAUCCAUACCUGCUAACUAAGCUUUAAUUAUGGGUGCUGACCUCCAGCUGUUGUUUACCUCGAAGUUUCCUCAGCAAGAGUUAUGUGAAGGGAAGAAUUAAAGCUGAAGCUGCUGAUACAUUAAAAAAAGGAGACUUUUGCUUGGUGCUUGUUGGUGUUGCUCGAAUUGUGUGAAUAUUUAGAGGCUUGAACAAAAUUCUGCAGUAAUUCUGUCGUAGAUUAAACUGAUUUAUAGUUGACUGAGUCAAAACUGCUGUUUGACAACUUCUGCCUAACAUGAAUUUAUUGAACUAAAACACACAAAAAAAAAGUACAGUAUAGAAAUGAUUUCCUGUGUUUUGUUAGCCAAAGCCUUCCUGUCUGACAUUUAGAUAUCACUCACUUUUUAAACUUAAAAGACAAAUGUGCUUUCUCUAAAUGCUCCCUUUGUCCCUCUGCUUUACCAACACACACAAUCCUCCUUCAGAUAGAUACUUACAGUUGCUGCGUUCGAGUUACCUUGGAAGUCCAAGCUGAAAAUGAUGUUGCACCUGAGUUACCAGUGUUUCAGUUACCAAGUCAGAAAAAAAACAAAUCGGAGGCGGAAACUAGAUGGCUACAUCUACGAAAGUUAUUUUAGUGCUUGCCUUGUCCAAAUAUAAGGUAAGUGCUAAAAUGACUUUCGUAGAUGUAGCCAUCUUCUUUCAGGCCUGCUUUUUUCUGACUUGGUAACUGAAAUGCUAGGAACUCGGGUGUGACGUCAUUUUCAGCUCCGACAUCUGACUUCCAGGGUAACUCGAACGCACCUUGUUUCUCCACACUCCCAAACUUUCUUGCAAAUUGAUUUGAGCUUACAAUAAGAGCAUGCUGUAGUUUACAUAAUCUGCUGUGAAGAAAGAGAGUGUAAGAUGACAAGUAUCAUUUAUUCUUGAUUAUCUUGUUUUUGUGAUCAUCCUCACAAGCAAGGACGGGGCGAGGUUCAUCAUGUAUCAGCAUGUAUUGUACCUUUAUCUGUUAGAAUAUUUUAUUUCGACACAGAGCUCUCCCUGAUCAUAUUCAGUUACUUCACCCAGACAGCACCAUGACCACUACAGUCUCUUACAGAGUAGAGAGCACCUCAGAACCAAAGUCUCAUCGUAGGAUUUACUCUCUCAUCACCCUGAGCCAUUUCAGCCAAUUUUCUCAACAUCUCCAAACCUAAUUGAAUGGUUCUCUUUCUCGCAGGUUACAGAGACAGAUGCAUUAGCUUGUUAUCUGGCUUCAGUGUGUAGAUAUUCAGAGCUGUAUCAGAGCGAGCGGGCUAAUUAAUGUUUUCAUGAAGCUGUUAGAUACUGUCAUGGAGUCUGGCUGUCUCAUCCCUGUGCACCUAAGCUGCAGCAGCAUGGAGCGCUUAACAGAGGGCUGACUGCUGUGCUGCUCUGUGCAGAGCUUCCUGAUAGCUGUAUCUGAGAUCGUACUACUUGUUGCCACUUAUCACUCAGCCUCCAACCCCGUUCAGAUGCAGCAUGCCAGCUGCUCUACUGAUAUGUUUGAAGUGUUUCAGCUCCACCACAGCUAGAAAUCCAGAGACCUUGGUGAGAACUCGGCAAAGAGCCAAGGCUUCCGCUAAUUACCUAAGAGAUAAUCCAAGAGUGCUUCACUUAAUUAACGAUGGGAUGAUUGCUGUACUCUGAAACCACUUGAGGGGGGACAUGUUUGGAUUUGCAGGCACGAUGAGGGAGGAGAAGCGCUGCACGACCAGACCGUUGCAUCGCAUGCAGCGCAGUGUGUUUCCUCAGUGUCUGAAAUGCUGUCACAGCAGGACCACUCAUCUCAAGCACAGCUGGGAAGUCCUUGACCUUUACACAGUCAUCAAUGAGAAUUGCUUGCACUUAAGUGUCCACCUCUCAGAGAAACGAGACCCCCCAGAUUGCAGCUUUCCCGUGCUCCAUCACACACAAGAUUGAUCACCCCCUCUCACCUUCCUCCAUUUUCCACUCAUUAAUUGAGUCCGGGAAUCCCAUCUCUCCUGAAGAAUCCUUCUCUGUGCGCGGUCAAUGACUCCUUGGAGCUUUAGCAGUGUGUGCCAGCUUCCGCUUAACAGCAACAGCUUUGUUUGCCACUGGUGAGAAUACAUCUGUAAGAGCUUUCUCUGGAGGGUUGUUAAGCUGAAGCACUCCUCACAAGGUCACUGCCAUCUCCACUGAGGUAAUAUAAAUCACCGACUGCGAGAUGGACGGGCGCUGGUUAUGUGGAGGUGAUAUGUGGCUGGGUGACACCCUCUCAAUUCACUUAGUUCAUGUAGUCGUGUCAAGUGCAGUGAGAGAGUAUCGGCAUGCCAAUUUGAAAGUGCAGGUAAUCACGAUAUCUGACGUACUGCAUGUAUGCAUCUGCUGAGUUCUCUCAGUGUUGUUAAACCGCUGUUCAAUAAGAGCUGAGACACAUUAGUGUUGCGUUCUAGUUGUACUCGGAAGUCGCAAUUUCCAAGCUCCGAGUCAGAAAUUCAUCCGGAACGCCCCCUGAAGUCAGAUUUCUGAUUUGGAAAGUCGGACGAUCAUCACCAAUCCCGACUUGACCACAACGUCGUAAUCCAAGAUGGCAGUGCAGUGCACCAACAGUGAAGAGUAACAGUGAAAGCUCUUGCAAUGUAUAAUUUAUUAAUACUUCUGUUUUGUUUCUAUGAAAUUAAAUAAGUGGUAUAUGUAGUACUGCCCAACGUCUAACUGUGAACACAGUGCUAUGGUGUGUGUAAGAGUAAAAUACUGAGUUAUGUGUUGUUUACAACUGGUUUAGCUAACAACAGCUGACAAUGGCUAACAACAACUGACAACAGAUAAAGACAGCUGACAAUUGUAAACAACAGUUAACUGUCUGCAUCCAUCUUGGUUUUCUGACUUGUUAACUGGAACGCCGUCAACUCGGGUGUAGCAUCAUUACCAGCUCCGACAUCCGACUUCCGAGGUAACUGGAAUGUAGCAUAGAAUGUUAAAAAGAACAUAAUAUGCUGGUUUGCAAAUUAUUUAAAGCAUAUUAAAAUGACGUAAAUUAUGACAGGAUAAGAAAAAAAUCCAUACCUGCUAACUAAGCUUUAAUUAUGGGCGCUGAUUUUCAUCAAUCCAGAGAGUGUGGAGGCCAUAAUGAAUCUAAACACCACAUUCUGUUUCCUUGCUCCUUCAAAGCUGUCAAGGUGAUCAGACAUAAUGUGUUUUUAUUCCACAGGCAUUGAGAUUCCAAGCUGUAGGUGCAAUGAGUGCGAUAAAAUUGUCACAGGCAGACGUGACUCGCCCUCCUCGUGUAGCAGCAUACAGCAGAGAGUCGGUGACAAAUGAGCACAUUAUGAAAAGCUUCAUUCUGGCAGCUUUGUUCUUGGUGUUCAGCUCCCUUCCACCAUCUGAUUGACUUUCAAUUUCUUUGAAAACUAAGGCAUUAGUUCCUGUGUCUUAAGUAAGAUGAAUGAGUUCUCUUCCUCUCAUUAGCAUAAAUCUCUGUGAAUUAUGUGUGAGCAGAAAAAAAGAGGUGUUAUGCUUUUGAAUCUGCAAUUUGAAAGAGUUCUGGAUAUUAUUCUCUUUUUAACCCUUAUUGGCCUUUUUUAAAGGAAGUCUGUUUUUUAUUUUUUAUUAUUAUUUAUUUUUUUGAUAAACCUUGAUAAAGAAGAGUUCUAGGUCUACGCCUUCCCCGUUCGGUAUGGAAUCACCUUUGGCCCCAUGAUACAAUACCAUUGCCAUACAUAAUACAUAGAAUCAUAUUAUUGCAUUGUCAAUCACUCUUAUCACUCUUCCUCAUGUGCUCAUUAAGUUCACAAUGGACUUCAAUCUGUUAUAUCUUACAGUAAUGUCAAAUCUAGGCCUGGGUUUAACAAAACACUGGAAUUACCCUUUAUCUGGGAGCUUCCCAGUACUACCAUCCAGUGUCCUUUCUCACAGCCUCUCCUGCAGCAUUUUAAUCUUGGCUGAUCCUGCAAAAAGGUGCUUUAGGUAGUGUAUUAGUGCACAACUACCCUGAGGCACUCUUAAUUAAAAGCCCCACGCUAGUUUCCUUCCUGUGAGCGUCGGUGUCACAGAGGAGAGAAGCUCUUUCUCCCGUCCGCCACCUUUUCCUCUCUGGUGUACAGCAGGGAGACAGGUGGCUGUGCUCGGUCGUUCACACAUUGUGAGCAGUACAGACAGAGAGGUGGAAUGAAGAUGAGAGUUUGAAGGAGAAAAAAGACAGAAGGAGCAGAGGGAGCAGACAGAUGGGUAGUAGUGAUGGCUCUUUCACACAUAAGAGAUGCUUUUUUUUAUGGAGGAGAGAAGUAGAGAGUCAUGCAGAAAACAAUCAGCGUGUCUGCAGAAGAGCAGACAAUGGGAGAUGGUUUUAUGACCUGAAAAGACCCCCAUAUAAAAGUGAUAGAUAGCUUGUGGGGUUACUUUUCUCCUGACAUUUUUUAGAUUUGUAGGAGCAGAAAGCUGUUUUGGCUGAUUUAUCUUUUCAGUCAUGUGUUGAGCCAAAAUGCCUGAUAGCUCUUUGUUCUUGCCUCUCUAAAGUGAGAGUUUGAUACUUUUUUUUUUGCUUGUCAAAUAUUCUGAUAAAUUACACCAAUUUAAGCGAGUAUAAGUGUAAAGAAAUCACGAGGUAGUUGCAGGUCUGCAUCCAUGUGUCGUGUCCUUGUGAGUUGGUCGGCUGCCCGGCUGUUUAACCUCUGUAUGUACGGAGGGGUUGAAGUCAGGACGGGGGAGGACUGCACCUCCCAGAGCUUUUCCCAGAGCCUGAGAUUACAUUGGAUGAAAGCCAAAAAAGCAUCAAAUAUUGACCACCUACAGGGACAGGUUUACACUGGCAACAGUUAUGUGGGAGGGCUCGAACAUCUACGCUUAAAGAUAUGAGAGAAAACUGUGAAACAUGGAUGAACAGUGUAGACGAGAUCAUUUACAACUCCCUGUCUAUGCAUUGAUCAGAACAGAAAUAUUUCUAUUCAACUUAAUUUGUUUGUCUUUUCACACAUUUGGAUGCUCAAAAUUCCUGUUUUUUUUUGUCUCUUGGUAAUGUCUAGGUCAAAUACUUUCCAGUUCUUCCUGAUAAAUUUAUUUAAAAAAUCUCCCAAGGACUCCUUCAUCUUGUAGUUUUUUUUCCCACCCACCUCCCUAACACCUCUGCUGAUAGUUGCUUUUUCUGUCCGUCCCUGGUAAUUAGAACGAGUUUUGUCCUCCUGAUGUACAUUAAAGUGUCACUGUGAGAGCACCGUAGCUGAUUAAUGGAGCCUGUUUGAAACUUUUACUUCCCACCUUCCUCUAUUUUACUUCUCCUCCAUCAAGCAGCACAACCUCUGCUGGAAACAGAAACGUCAUCGCUCGGAAACCUGCUGCACUUACCCUUUUAAAUUUCUUCAUUAAAAGCAGCAGGUGUCUCUUUCGUUCAUUUAUUCACAACACCCAAGUCUCACCGAGGUCCGUGGCAAGAAGCAUUUUCUGCACGUGUGACGAAUGACAGACUUCCUAAAUGUCACCCUGUGUUUAAAGGACAGUCAGAUGAUGAAAGUUUGAGGAGCUGGCUGCUCGCCAUCACAGGGCUAUGACUAACUCCUGGUGUCACGGCCUGAUUGAGUGUGUGGAGGUGAGAUAGCUUACCUGGUCACAUGACUGUUAGCCAGUAACCACACCACAUGCCAUGCUCAUAGGUCUCCUUUAGACACGCUCAUGCUCGUUUCCAAAGAGGCACGUCUUUAAUCAAAUGGAGAUGGAACUGAACAGCAGGAGGUGGAGACACACAGGGGCAGCUUUUCUACCUUCACCUGCCUCCAAUGACAUCAUGCUGGGCUGUGAAAUUUUCCCUGCUUGGUUUUGUUACACCUGAUGUUUCUGGGACAAACUGCCCUUAAUGGCAGCUGUACGCAGGGAGAAUAAAGCUUUCCACAUUUUGUGUUUCGCUUUCCUCUUUUAAAGCAGAUGCAGUGUUUUUAUAUAGCAAUAAAAGUGAUUUAAAAAAAGGAAUGGCUUAUUUAUCCACAAAUUUAGGCAAUCCACACUGCAAGCAGAACACAAAGCAUCAAUAACAUGGACAAUAGUAAACAUUUAAGAGCAAAAAUCCAAGGAACAAAACUUAACAAAGACAUAAAUAUUUGAAAAUAAAGAAAUAAAAUCAAACCCUGAUUCCAUUCAGGUGUGAUUUUAUUGCAAAUUGAUUAAACAGAUGGUUGAUUAAAAUAGUACAAGUACAUUUUAAAUUUGAUGCAAGCAGUUUGUUUGCAAGCAACAGUUUGGAUAGCACCGUGUUUAUCAUUGUGUGUCAUCAGCCACUCUUUUCCCAACACUCUGUCAGUGAACCCAGGAGACCAGUUUCUAGAGUUUGGAAAGUGAAAUGUUGUCCCAUUCUUGUCUGAUAGAGGAUUUCUGUUGCUCAGAGUCUCCUUUGUCCUGUUUUUGUGUCAUGAUGCUUCAAAUGUUUUCAAUGGUUGACAAGUCAGGACUGCAGGCAGACCAGUUAAGCAGCAGUCCUCCCUGAAAAAUAAUCCCCAUACUAUGAGGGAUGCUGGCUUUUCAACUGUGCUUUAAAUGGCUUGCAUGAGCAUUUAUUUUCCAUGAAACUGUACAGUUUUCCGUUUUAACAUUUGUUUUGUAGCCCUUACACUAAUUCCAAUCAGAUAUAGAAUUUGAAUAAUUUGCAAACCACCACAAUCUGUUUUUACCAGCUUUUUACACAGUGGCUCAACUGCACAGUGGGUUCCAUAGAGCAUUGAAGGAUAGGUUGAUAAUGUAAACUCAAGAUUUAACCACAUGCAGCCCAAAACACAAGACGCUUAAUCCUGAAUUUAUAAAAGUUGUUUGAGUUUUAUUCAUUUUUGACAAGAAAUUAAUGCUGGAACUUAGUUUAAGUCCCGCUCUAUAACACCAGAAUGACUGCAGAGCACAGCUCUUGCCAAGCAGAUUAAAAGCAAGUCCUGUAAUAUUAGGAAAGUCUGUCCUCCUUCUGUCCUCUAUAACUAACAGGAGUGUUUCAUCAUGUGCGUCUUACAAAGACAUUGCAGAUAGCUAUUCGUUUGUCUGUUUCAACACUUCAAAAUACUUGAAGAAAGCUCAGGUGUUUAAGUUUGUUUUUUGUGACUUUCUACCAGUCUAUUUUUUUUAUUCCUAUUGUCAUUUAAAGGACUAAAAAAUACCCUCAUAUCAAUUACAUCACCCUUCAUGUUGAAUCUAACUAAGCUGGAUGUACAGCAGGUUCACAGCCAUCUAAAUGUGUCUUUAUUGGUCCUAAUAUGUCUCCUUUCUUGUCUUUCUUCUGCAGCCUUCACCAUGAUGAUCAUCUUGGCUCUGAUUCGUAUCGGUAAAGGCACGGGCGAGGGUCACCCACCAGCCGCCUCCCUCUCUGGGGCGCCCAACCUGUUCGGGGUGUGUGUCUACUCCUUCAUGUGUCAGCACUCCCUGCCCUCCCUGGUGACGCCCAUCUCAGACAAAAAGCAUGUCGGAAAGCUGGUGUUCGCAGACUACGUGCUGAUCCUGGGAUUUUACGUGCUCCUGUCGUUCACCGCCAUCUUCUGCUUUGACAGCUCCCUGCUGUAUGAUAUGUACACCCUCAAUUUUACAGACAACUGUGACGUGUUAAAUAUCCCAUUCCUGCGCUACUUCCUGGGUCUCUUCCCCGUCUUCACCAUCAGCACCAACUUCCCGAUCAUCGCCGUCACUCUUCGCAACAACUGGAAGACCCUUUUUCACCGGGAUGGAGGCACCUACCCUUGGGUUGUAGACCGAGUUGUGUUCCCGCUCAUCACUCUAGUUCCUCCGAUUGUGGUGGCUUUCUGCACCCACAACCUGGAGUCCCUGGUGGGCAUCACAGGAGCGUACGCCGGCACAGGGAUCCAGUACGUCGUCCCAGCUUGUCUCGUCUUUUUCUCUCGACGCCAUCUUGAGCCCGUGAUGGGCAGGGAUGCAGUUAACAAGCACCGGUCUCCUUUCCGCCACUCAUGUUGGGUGUGGUUUGUUUGGCUGUGGGCCGUCUCCUGCAUCAUGUUUGUCACAGCCAACAUCAUCCUGACUGAUACUAAGAAAUGAGAAUCCACAGACCCAAAAAACUCUUGAAAGAAAUCUCUGUUUGGCCAGUUUCUUCGUUCUCUGACACGAGGCCUUACUUGCUGCUGGUUGGACAGUGUGCCUUUUUAUGGGACAUUUGUUGCAUAAAUUAAAUGUAAUUAAGAGUAAUUUAUCAAAUUCUGUUAAAAGGGACCAAAUGCUGCGUGUUUUUGUUCAAUUAAGAUAGCUGGAACUGUGCAUUGAAACAAUGUAGGGGAAAUCAAAUGGGUGAUUUUGUGAAAGGAUGUUUUGUCAGUCAGCAGUCCACAGUUGGGGGUUUGAAGGUUUUGCACUUACAUGGCAAUAUUAAAAUAUAUCUUGAGUGUCAGUUUGCUUCAGAAGAGAAGCUGCAUACCAAAUGGUCAGCUUGAUUGCUUGUCAAGUUCUUGGUUUCGAAGAGUUGGACAAAGUUUGGACACAAACCCCCUGACUUGUAAAGGUUCAUGGUGGGAAGCGUUAGACGUGGCUCACUAAAAUAAUAAUCACUUUGAAGCAGGUUGACACUUGAAGGUUUUCUGUAGUGAAGUUCUCUGUUUUUGGUGUGUCUUAUUAAAAUCCACAACUCUUGAGAAGGUAGAGUGUUCAGACUGCGUAAAAGACAUGGAGACAUGAAGACAAAGUCACUUGGACGUUUUCUUUUUUAAAAGCCAUGAGAUGAACUUGGUGUCAUUGCCGUUCACUUUUUCAGAUCCAGAAGUGACUGUAUUUGGACUGGUGUUUGUAGCAGGCUGUGUUUUUAGCUUCAGUCGGCACCACUUUGACCAGAAUGGUUCAUCUGGAGUUCACUGUAAAGCUACAUCCACUUCUUCUAUGCAGUCUAAGGUGUAAAACUAGCAGCACUUUAUGUGUGUAGGUCUUUACUUUUAGCUUGUCUCAUUUAAAUCCCAAACUUCUGCAAAGGUAGGGUGUUAAGACUUCAAGAGAUACAUCAGACCUUUAGGGCCCGAUGUUGCAGCGGAAACGUGUUAAAAUGAUCACAAGAGCCGAGUCGUUCAUGCCAAGCCUUGUUCUUUGUUAUGAAAAUAAUUGGUGAUGUGAUUUGAAACAAACCCAACAGGAGAAGGAAAGCAAAGAAUCAGGGAUGAUCACUCUUUCUGGCUGAUGAGUACACAUCCCUCAGCACCGUCUGCCUCUGAUCUCCUCGUCCCGCUUGCGAACAAUGAAGCUCCGGCGUGACAGAUCCUCUGACGGAUAGGCCUUGAGGAAGAACUCCAUCUCUGUUUAUCACCGGGCAUACCGCAUCUGUAGUCCACACGCAAGGCAUGUCUCGCAUUUUUACUGCUCAGCACCCGCUCAUGACUCUGUCAGCCUCACACUGUAUCUAUCACACGGGCCGACACCUGACCUGACAGGAUAAUAGUGAUCUACAGAGCCUCCGCUCCGGAUCUGCUCAGGCAUCAGUGGACUGAAGUGAAGUAUAGGGAGCCGAUUGUGACGAAGGAGCUUCAUACACUACCACACCUCUACUUUAACAUAGUGAUGCGGAUUUCUCCAACAUGUGGCAGCUCCUUUCAUGAGUUGUGCCUCUUGUUAAUGGACUGUAUCAUCGCCCACACACCUCCAUCCUUUGCCUGUUUCAGUUUGUCUUUGUGUGUGUGGUUUUUUUUUUAGCUCCUUUAGGCUGACCCAAAAUACACUGGGACAUAAAUAGUGAAUGGUUGGUUUGUGGCACUGAGACUGGACUGGUGUCUAGGGGACUUGAUUUUCCUGAUUAUUAUGCAGUUUCUGGACUUUUAAGAUCAACAAAGCCAUUGUCUCUGGUAAGAAACAUUGGUGCCUCAAAGCAGCACAAGAAAUUUUAACUUCAAAAUAGAUCGACUUAUAUCUCGGGAAUGGACGUCUGAAAGUUGGACCUGUUGAAACAAGUUUAUAGCUGUUGAGUUGGGAGAUAUAUAUGAGUAAUAUUUAGGUUUUGUUUUAAAGGUAUAACGACAACAAACCUGCAGGGAAUCCUGAUGUUGAUAAUGUAGUCACGCACAGUAUGGCCACAAAUGCACAUGUUCCUGAUUAGCAGAUAGCUUCAACAAGACUUAAGUCUAAGGUUUUAAUCAAAUGCGUGGUCCUGUAUGAAUUUGUUUUCUGGUUUUUUUUGAGUUGAUUUACUUUCUUCAAACUCUUAUGAAUUUCGAACUAUAUUUAGAGUUGUCAGAAAUUCCAACUUUCCAAGGGGGGAAAGUAGAGAGUAAGCAAACAACUACAGCAAUACCUCUGCUUUACGUUGCAAAACAAAUGGGAUAAAGUAUGUUUAAAUAUUACAAGUGCAAUAAUACCAAUAAGUAUCUAGAUAUAGGAAAGACUAAGUCAGGGGAAGAGAUGUAGCCCUGCAAAGCAUUUACACUUCUCCUACGUGAGUGUAAUUUCCCAUAAGCACAGUCUAUUUUCUUUAUUUCUCUAUCGAAAGCAGUUAACUUAAAUCACAAUCAUUACAACGUUGAGGUCCUUUUAUUGCCUUUAUGGCUGAAUUGUGGUGAAAUGAAACAACAUAUCUGAGCUUUUCUUUUUUUGACUUAUGAUGCUUUUUAGAGACACAGCCAUACCAUAAGAUCAUUUUGUGAACACAAAGCCUUGGUAGCAGUCUGACUCCAUCCUUGUUUAAGUGAGAUAUAUUCUAUAUAUGUCUCCUUCGUCGGCCAGUCCUGCCUGAAAAAAAUUCAAAUAAAUGCUGUUGUCACCGGUGAGAGCUGUAGGGUUCACUCGCUGUGGUCAAAGGGACACGACAGGACAGGUUGUCACGAAUUUGUUUUAAAUGCUGCUGCUGUUGUGGUUAAUUACGAUGCAAAGCCUGUAUCAGGGUGAGCGGCAGUUCAGUGGGUUGUGGAGCUGUUAGAGAGGCUGUGCAGUGGUUUCAUCAGCUGCUGGAGUAGAGCUUGGACUGAAAGGUAAUGUGCUGUGACUCGGGUGUUUUAAAGGCACUGGGACUGUAGGACUUCUGUUGUAGAUGUGUUGUAGCAUCAUGGAAGGGUAUGUUUUGUUGUCUGCUUUGUUCUGUUUGUUUUAUCAAACCACAACAUGAGUUUUUACUUUACUUCAGGGACCAGCAAUAACAUUAUGAACACCUGAGUGCUAUUUCGGAAUGUGUCAUGUUUGUUAAAGAAGUAGAAAAAACAUAAGGAACAUUGUUCAAUACAGCACACUCUGGUACACCACCACUCACAACGUCUUCAUUAAUCACUCCAAUAACUGCCUGUCUGACCAUGUCAAUGAAAACUAAAGCUUGUGUUUGGUCGCAUUAGAUUUCCAGUGUUUCCCUCUGUGCAGAUAUAAACUUUCCUGCUCUCAAUGGGUCAAAUUCAUCCAUAAUUUCAGCAUUUAUAGGAUGCUAAAGGCCAUGUUGUUGCUCUGGUCAGUAUGUGGUUGUUGACUUUUUUUCUUGCUUGGCCGGUUGCAAACCAGGGCCUGUGAACUAGAACUAAAUGUAGCAGAAGUGAUGUGUCCCAAAGUCUAUGGACAACCCAUUUCAGGGAACUGUGGUUGUUGAUCUCUUGUGUUUGGGGGCUACAUGGAGCAUGGUAGAAGCUACACAGUCCCCAUCAGGUUACUUUUUUUAGAGCAAAAAAGUCCAUUGUCUGUCGUCCCAGUCUGUAGUCAUGUUUAUUUCUGCUACAUCACAUUUUGAGAUGGGGCUCUAUGAGGAUGUGCUCACUUUUGGAGCCAGCCUUCAGUGGCAAGUUGGGGAACUGCAGUUUUUGGGAGUUCAAAGUUUUGCAUGAAAUCAUCUUCUGAAGGCCCAAACAACACAAUGUGGAUUGAGAGUUAAAUAACUCAACUAGAGACAACAAUAAGCAGCAACAGUCUCUUUUUUGCACAAGUUUAAGCAUUUAUAAAAAUAAAGAAUAAGUCAGUUGGAUAAAAGAUAAACCCGUGUACAGUUUUUAACAAACAUGUUUUUUACACCUGUAUGUAGUCAUGUUUAUUACUGCUGUAAUUUUCAGAUUUUUAACAUGGGGCUCUAUGCAGAUUGGCUCACUUUUGGAUCCAGCCUCCAGUGGUAAUUUGGGGAACUGCAACUUUUGGCACUUCUUUGUUGGCUAUUAAUUAUCCGAAAUAUUGCUCUUGAAUAAGAAGGAUAAACAAACAAAAAGCCCAGGUAUAAUGUGCCAAACACUUUUACCUGCUUGUAAGUGCUAACAUUGGGAAAAAAAGUAUAUAUAACAAAUGUGAAAAAUAACAGAUGUGAACAGACUUAAAAGCGUUUUACUCAUUUCAGCAUAAGUUACUAUUCAAAAAGCAUAAAUAGCAAUGCGAAGUCAAGUUUAACUUCUAGAUUAAAGGCAGAAAUAGGCAGCAAACCAAUCCCCUUAUUAUGCAUAGGUUUCAACCUUAACAUGUAAUAAAAAGUAAGUUGAAAUGGACACAAAUAACCUCUUGUAUAGUUUUCAACAAACCAUUUUGUACCAGUCUGGAGUCAUGUUUAUUCCUGCUGUAAAGUUCAGAAUAGUAACAUGGGGCUGUAUGGGGAUUAGCUCACUUUCGGGGGCCAGCUCCAGUGGCGAUUUGGGGAACUGCAGUUUUUGGGACUUCUACAUCUGCUUCAGCUCUCGUCUCUAGAAAUCCCUGUUUGGUGUUACUGUGAAACCUGCAGCAGCCUGUGCAUGCAGACCCGCAUACACAAGCAUUUUUAUGUGUUUGAACAUGUUUACAUUCCCACUUCUGUGCCGUCUAUUUCUCAUUCUCACACAUUUUCUGGUGUUUCUGACUCAAAGGGAACAUUUUAACAAAGGUACGCACUUAAUCACAUGGAGUAGAUAUUUGUAAUGUAAAAUAAAAACAAAGAUGUGACUGUGUGUGUUUAUGUGUCUGUGUGAGUGAGUGAGAAGAUGUGAAUUCUGCUGAAAGUGGUUCAAAUGACAAAUGACCCUUGUUUGGACUUUUGAAAUGUGCCUUUACUAUUGUACAGGGUGAUUUUCUUGCCCUGGACUUAUGGACUCUGCUGUUUCUUUUCAUUUUUAAAAACAGUUUGCCAGAAAUCAUCUGCAUGUAAGCCAUUUUUAUUCAACUGACAAUCUGCGCGUGAACCUCAAACGCUUCAUAUUCCUUAUUUUUCUUUGCUCGUCGUCUUUGUUUCUAUUAUUUUUUCUGUUGUUUUCAUGUUUACUGUAUUUCUGUGUCGUUUAAUCUUUUCAUUUCUUCUCCUUGUUUCUGGUAUUUGUUUACAGUGAUUUUGCCAGCCUGUGAUUCUCAAUCGUUUAAUUGGGUGUUUAUGCUUUAAUUGAUGUUCUGUUUGAUUUUUAUGAAUUACAAAGAAAAAAUAAAAGCUUUAUGUUCAUCUAAAACUCACAAAUCUCAGUUAUUCAAAGGGAAAUUAGCUUUUCCCAAAACCUUGGACAUCUUUACAACCAUACCAAUCAUUUUUAACACGUACUGGCGGCAGAUCAGAGGAUCUGGAUGAAGGAGGAGUGGGCUGCCCAAUCUUGGGAGGAUGUUAUGUUUUUUGUCAGGGUGGGCAGAUGAAGCUUUAUUAUGCUUUGGAGCAUUCUUUCAGUUUUUGGCAAAGAAAAAAAAGAUUUCAGUGACAUAUGGGGGCUCGUACAACUUAUGUCAGCUCUGAAGCAUUCCACUUCACUGAUAUCCAUAGUUUGAGUUGAGAAAUAGACAUGCUAUGAAAUAAGACUAGCCAUACAGUUAAUUUUUGUUAAGCUGUUGCCUUCUACAAUUAACAUUUUUUUGUUAGUGGGUGUAUGGUGGGGAAAAAAAAUGAGUUGCUAUGAAACCGUAAUGUUUAUAUUUCGGGCAGAUAAACAUUAAAGCUUCUGUUGGUGUUCCUGUGGUGUUAAAACUGUACAAAGUACACCCAUUAAGACUUAUUUAUUUAUUUUUACAGCAGGAAACAAAAACAAAAAAUACUUUGACAACAUAUAGUCACUCGCUGUUACACCCACCUCCAGUUUCAGGCAUCAAUAAUCAAUCAAAAAAAGGAACAUAACAUUCUUAAAGAUUGUGUAGUUGGUUUUAAAGUUUGCGAAAAACUCCUUACUGUAGCUUUAAUAAACUGUCCAUGUGUCGUUUUCAGGCUCUUGUCUUUUGGCUCUAUGAUUGAUAUUUUGAUGAUUUAUGAUAUUUUUACAUUUGCCAAGUGAUUCUGUAAAGUUUGAGUAAAAGGCUAAUGUUCACUAAUUUUGAGUUUUAUCUAGCUGUGUUGGGCAAAAAAAGUGGAAAAAUUGAGCAACAUCCUGUCCUGCAAUCCAUGUAACAGCAGCAGAGCAGAUCAGCGCAUCUCUUAAAUUUCCUGUCAUUACAAAAGUAAACCAAUAGCGAUAUAAGCGACAAUGUUGAAAGUUGUUUUUGCGUCACUUAAAGCUUCCUAUAGAAAGCUAAAGCUUAAUGUUAUUUGACCCUUGUUCCAUCCUGUUUGUUCUGGUGACCCAGCUAAUAUGUGUGUAUGUUUUCUUUGCAGUUCAGGGAGUGCUGAUUGGCCAUAUUAACUUCCAUGUAGAGCACCUGGACCCAGCGCUCCUCCUCUGUGGUAUAAGCCAGCUUCUAGUUGCUUCACUCUCAACUCAAAUUUAGCUAUAAAUUCAUGUUUUUCCUUUACUUAUUAAUGACUUCUUCACUUUAAGCAUCAGAUCUUGCGCUUCCUGGUGUCAAGGGUUAUUCUUCUUUGCUGGGUUUUACUGGUCUUGUAAUUUUGGCCUCACUGCUUAAGAUUCCUAGUGGUUCUACAGCAUUAGGUCCAUAUCUUUGAGCUUUCAGAAAAUGUGCAAAAUGCAAAUCAUGGACUGAAGGCCUCAUCUGUUAAGAUUUUUGUUUUCAUAUUUGUGCAUAUUGGACAAAUUCAAUCAAGAUCAGCUCAUUGCUGAGAGUUUAAUUCUGCAGAUAAUCUGAUCCAGUUCGUGCUUCAUUGAAGAGAAAAGCACAUCUGCUUGAUUGCAUUUCUUAAAUACAUGAGUUUUUUUUUUUUGAAUCUCCAGGUUUCUCAGCAGGAGAUCAAAUAUCCGCAAACAAACAUCAGGCAGCACCUGCUCUCUGCAUUGCAGAAACCGAGCAGCAAUUAAACACACGGUGAAUUCAUUAAGCAGCACCAAGUUUGCAUUUCCAAUUACAACUCCACGCCCAAACACACCGGCACACCCCACAGCCAUAAAAAGGGCAGAGGGUAAAUUCAAUUACAGCCGAGCAGCCUGCAGAUUGAAAUUCAGAGGGGGAGCUUUGGUUUGAUCAUAAAAACACAGAUCUGGUAUGUCAAUAAAAAACCACUCAGGUGCGUCAGGAAAGAUUGAGGUGAACGGAGGUGUUAGCAUAAAAAAAAAGAUGCCAAUUACCUGGAGAGCAGGUACAAAUAGUGCCGACUUUGAGGCUGUAAAAUAGUGUAGGAGUAUGGCUGAAUACCAAAGCGUGUGAUGACUGGAGUAACAGCAAAGCCGCGCUGAUUCAUGCUUUCAUUUCCCAGGAGAGACUCUUUUAUUUUUAUUGGCACCAGGAGGGAAGAGCUGGAUGUGUUUUUGAAAACAAGCAGAUUGGAAAGCAGCCAGAUGAUCCGUCACUCAGAAGGAGGGAAGAGGAGGAGGAGGAGGAGGCUUUUCUCUUGUUCUGCUGUCAUCAAAAAUUCUGACACUCAACAAGGAAACUCUGUGCCGGAUGGAUUUAUUCAACCUUAAAGGAACAUUUGUUUGUUUUUGCAAGAGGUUGAUUUCAUUCACCUGCAGCUUUACUGAGAUAUAAGGAGGAUGCUGAACAAAGCUUAUAAUGUUGAUAUCUUUGAUUUACACGGCUGUGUUGACUCGAUCCUGAUUGGUCGGUAACUCUAAUCUUCAGAUUAGCGAAGAAAAACACCUGACUUUCAGCUGAGAUUGUAAACUUUUAGAGAAAAAGGUCACGGCAUCAUGAAAGCAGACACCUCUGUCUCUUUUUUUCUUUGAUUUUCUGUUUCUGCUGUCAGUUUGCUGCUGCUGUACUGUAAGUUUCCCUCUAAAAAGUCUGAGUGUUUGUUUCCCUCUGCUGCUGUCCCCUCGCCGAGUCUGUAAAGUCAGCGAGAUGAUCAGAGGAGGACUCCAUGUUUGUCCUUGUGAGGAGACAGUAACACACACACACUGACUGCUGCAGCUUUAUUACUCCAUUUAUUUACUCUGGCUGCUUCAGGUGCUUCUCUGAGACCUGCUGUCCCCCCACAGGUGAGCCCCAGCGGUGAGGCCGAUUAUGACUCUAUCACUGGCCUUAUUAAGUGUCAGCAGAGGCAGGACACUGUGAGUUGCUGCAGAGUGGAGUCAGUGCAAAGGAAAGCGUACACGGCGCCUUGUUUCAGCGCUCAUUAGCAGGUCAGUGUUUCCCUGUCUGCCGUCCUGUCUGAGGGCUUGCGUUCACCUUGGCUCAGCCUCAGUGAUGGGAGUCAUUUCAGGCAGCAGCAGUAAACACAGCAGCUACAAGAUAAGACGUGACUGCCUUUAUUUAAGCAGCGCCGGGGGCUUGUUUACUGGCAGUGUCUCUAAGUACCCCGAAGAAUGAGUGAGGUGGAAAAGAGGCAUUAAAAGUUGGGAUCUACGUCAUCUGCCAACUGCCUUUGUUCACUUCCAGCAUCAUUCACAUUUCAUAUUUCUGUGCCCGAGGUUUUUAGCACAUUUGGAUCUCAUUAGCAGCCAGGUGUAGGCUCAUCUUGUACUGACAGAUGGCUUUCUUUUAAUUCCAGACAGAUGCUUCACUUUUUUUUAAUGACCUCUUUUUUUUUUUUCUGCCGCAGUGCUGCGAGGUUCAUUAGCACAAACAGGGCUUAGGAGACGUCUUGGGGAGAGAUUAGGGUCAGAGUAUUUUAGGGAUGGUGGCCAAACCCUGACUGAGAGACUCUGACAGGCUGAUGGACACUCAGGACAGGGGUGGACGUCUGUCUCAGAGGUGAUAGGAGAGCAUUUACUCAACUGUCUGGAUAUCAAACUGUAAGGACACACAGGAGGUCAUUGCAUCAGGUUUAUUGGCAAUUCACACAAAAAAAGAUGGUUGUUUUCUCAAAGACUUUCUCUGAUGGCGGUCGAUAUGUUUGCAUGUGUUCAUUAUAAUGCAAUUAAGCUGCAAAACUAACUCACAAACUUGUUUACAUCAUGUGUUUUUCUGCCCCUUUUUUAUGACAAACAGCACCAAACACAAAUCUGAAGAUGUUUUGACGCUGAUGUUUUCAUAUCUGAAGAAACAUGGAGUGGACGUCGUCUGUCUGUGUCAUUAUAAAAUCUGUAGUCCAAAAUGAGACCUUCUUGAGACUAUUAGAGGUGAUUAGAUCUGUGCAAUUAACCUGAUUUUAAUAUUGAUUAUGAUUUUGGCUCCCACUAUCAUAAAAAUAUGAUAAUCAAGACUGAACAGUUUUUGUGCCACCCUGCUCACAUCGAAUGACAUGUACCCUCUCUCAAACCGCUCUCACUUUUACUUUUACAUCAUAAGCAGCUCCGAUCAAUGAGAAACAAAGUUUGGGAGCGCUGCUUUUAAUCAGUGAUGGUUAACCUCCUGUGGUUGUGGUGGAAAUAAUUCAACUGCUCUUUUUAAUUGCAGAUUCCUCCUUAAAACCUCUAAAGACAACUAAAACUGACAUUCACUCUGUGUCAAACAGAAGUACUGAAUCACUAGGGUGGCUUUAUUUUGAAUCCCCAAAAAGAGGGCACUACUACGUGGGGGCGGAGUCAUGGAGUCGUUUGAGUUAAUUUUGAGAGUUUUUCAGGUCAGAUCCAGUGUCUUUUACGCGUUUCUAACUCAGUAAGUCCACGUGACACAAACUUGAAACUUUCAUACAAAACCCCGGACAUUUGAAGGAUUUUAUAAACUUCCCCGGAUAAAGCUGGACAAGGCCGGACAGCCCCCCCAAAAGAGGACAUGUCUGGGUAAAAGAGGACGAAAGGUCACCUUAUACUCAAGUGCUUUAAGUUUGAGCUGGAGUGUGCAAAAAAACACAGACCUGUGGCUCUCAUCUGAAGGAUGUCUUUAGGUUAACAUGUUUUACUGUCAUGGGCAACAAGUGGUGCAUGAAGAAAACGACCAAACUGGAACUGAAGUGCUACUGCAUUAUCCAAGAAUCACUGGACAUGAAGUUAACUUGUAAAUCAGGAGCUAUUGGGAACACCUGUGGCGUUGCGCUUCAGCUGACGUGAAUCAGCUGAGGCUGGGGGAGGUUAUAUUAGGUGGCUGAGCUCUCCCUGCUCAGUUAAGUUUCAAAUGAUUGGUAAAUUCUGAGGUUAACUCCAUUUUAGGGCCCUGAAACUCUUCAGAUGUUGUCUUUUCUGAGUUUUAGACUACAUUUACACGUACCCGGCUAUUUUCAUAAACGGACAUUUCACACCACUAUGUUUUCAGAGAAGUUUUUGUUUACACUUACUCAUAUAUACUAUAUGCCGUCAAGAGCAUAUCAAACAUGUAGGUGGCAGUGUAGCGAGAAGCCCAUGUUAGCCAAUCAGAAUCCCGCAUAGCAGCAACAACAACAUCCCUUCCUUCUGUACUGCGCGCAAUCUACCCAAAUCUCUGUUUACCUCCCUUUUCUCCAUGAACAUGUAAAUGUGCAGAUGGAGUUUUCCAAAAUCUCCACUUUGGCCAGAGUUUUUAAAAAGCAUCAUUUUAAUGGGCAAGUUCUCUGUUUUUAAAAAUAACUGGCUAUAUAUUACCGGGGCCUUACAUAGUUUUUCUCUCCUCUACAUCUGGCAUUCUUUGCGAAAUUUUACUCUUUCUUCUCCUCUUCCUGUCGGACGUAUCGACAGGAGCCGUAGUUAAAUAUUCUGCAGGUGUCAUGUCUUGGUAAGAGUGUCAGAGAAAGAUUUAUCACCAUUACACCGAACAUGUAGAUGAGCUGCUUACAUGCUGUUUACAUUCAGGAGGUGUUCACGUUUACAGCCGUUCAUCAAUCAACACUUCCCACUCCUCCAGCCAGCAGAUACCUCCUGCUGAUAGUUUUAUCUCUCAUUACAUGUCGUCCUCAUUGUCUGAUUAGUGCUGAUUCUUUUAAAUCCCUUCAGGAGACACUCAUCUACCUAAAAAUGGCCUUUGUUUCCCAGCGCCACAUGAUGGUCUAAAUGCUGCUUUAAAGGCUUUUCCGUCCUGAGGGAAACACUAAUCUCUGCAGCCUUUUACUUUUUUGGCAGAGGGAGGAAUGUUAAUGUUAAAUACCUUCACUUUAGCAUCACUUUCAGCCUCUAAAAAGCCAUAUUUGUCUAAUCCUAAUUCAUGCAUCAUUAUAUGUUUGAACCCUCCACGAGUCAUCCGAGCUCAGGAGCCAAAUGAGCACGACAAAUGUCCAACAAAGUGUCCUUAAACACUAGAAAUCCUACUUUAGAGGUUAUUUAUAUCAGCGUGAGGACAGACAUUUGACUCUGCAGACAGAAAAAAAAGAUUGUCGUUGAGCUCAGCUCUCCAUUACAGCUGCCGGGUCAGCGAGCGUCUGACUGCUGUCUCCUGCUCGCCGCUUCACUGAGAAACCUUUUUACUGGAGCUGGAGACCCUGACACCUGUCUGGUUAACAGAUUCAGCCCAUGACACACGGCGUGCCGCCAUGCCUCGUGGCUCUCUGUCAUCCAGCCAUUGCACCGGCUGCUUGCACAUGACUCCAUCCUGUUGCUUAUAGCAGGCUGCAAGACUCUACACGCUCUGGACCUGUGAUGAGUGCGAGGUGAUGCAUGUAGAACUACUGGAAAGCUGCACAGCUGAGUGAUGCUUUACGUUUACAAAGCCAUAUUUUGACACCUUUCAAACAUUCAAGGAGUCCAAUGUAAAAGGAGAACAGACUUAUGGGGCGCUCACACACCAAGCGAGAGUAAAAUCAUCUACUUGCGCAAUUUAGAUGCAUGAAUGAAAAGUAUUUACUUGCUUCAUUCAAUGGUAAUUGCAACUGUAAUCCCUUUGCAAUUGGUAAUCCCAAUUCAACCGGCGAGAUCAAG